AUGGACUGUAACAGAAAGUUGGAUAAGGUGAGACUGUAAGAGGGCCAGUAAUUGCACACGAGAGACCACUGUGACUUUUCUGAAUCUUGAUCUAUUGUCAAGAAUGCUGAGAAGGUAGACCAACAUGUUUGAAUGCUCUUAGAUUGAAGGCUGUGGGUAAGUGAAGACACAAAUGUCACUUUCUUUUCUUUUUAUUUUUAGUCUGUUUGUGGAAACAAGGGAUUUUGAGUGAGUUUGGGUAUGGUAGGGCUAGACUUUCAAGCUUCAUUUAUGAGUCAUUGGAGGUUAUAUGAAGGUUAUGCGGAGUCUACUGUGGAAUUCAAGGACCAAAAUCAAGGCUGUACUAUUCACUGCCUCUGUAUUUCUCAUUUCCUUCCUUUUGAAUCUUUGAAUGUAAUUGCCACCCAUUGCCUAUUAUCAGUGGGCUCAAAGCUUUACUUAGUUACACUAUGCUUGCAAGUGUCAUACUGACUUGCUGCUACAUGAAAAAUGUCAAAUCUUGCAGCAUCUUCAUGCUAGAUUUUGUCUGCUUUAGUGCUUUGGAGUCAGAUGCCAUCAUCUUCUCAAAGGGAAAAACAUGACUGGAAUACAAGCUUGCUUUAAACAGAUACUUGGAAGUCUUGAAUGGGUUGGAUUUAAGUUCCUAUGGGGUAAAGGCUUCAUCUUGCCUGGAUACUGACUUUUCUAUAGGCUGGUUUAUGCAUUAGUGAAACUGAUUGUUCUAUACCCAGACAUCACACCACUGUUCCUGUGCUGUGACAUGUUAUAUCUAUUGCCAUGAUCCUUAUAUAUAAACAUAGGAGUGGGAGGUUUAUGCAGCAUCUGUGCAUACCUCCAUAUAUAUUUACUGCCCACAUCACAGAUUAUUUUACACCAGCAGUAGUGGGUGUGGACUCUUGCACUGCUGGGUAUGUAAUAUUCCUGGAUCUGGAACUGGUACAUGACCUGCUACAUAACUCUCUUCCUUUUUGGGUUUCAAUCUUGUCCCCUGGCUGGAACUGCUGGUUGAGAUAGAACAUAAACACUCCCAAGCCCCAUUAAGUGCAUUAGGAAGUUUAAACACGACCCUCUGUUAUUUAAGAUACUCAUCUUUAAAUUAGUGGGAUCUAAAAGUGCUGCAUUCUUCCCAUAUUAUGGUAGGAUAAUUUAAGUUGCCUCCCUGUGGAAUUCGGUAUAGUACAUGUCAAGAACUAUACGUGUACAGUUCCCAGAAUUAGUAUAUGGUUUUCUUCCUAAUGGUAAACUCACAAUAACAAAUCCUGAUGUCUGAUUGCUGAGCAAACUUCAAAAGGGAUAGUGUUGGCUGAUAGCCCCGCAGUACUGCUUUUCGUUUACUCUGCUGUUGCUAAAUGAGCAAUGAAGUAUAAUAUCUUGCUGUACACAUUCACUGAGCAGAUUUCUUUGUAAUGUAGUAAGUGAAACCUUAUGUAUUGUGUCGUUUGACCACUGUCAUAUUUUCAGUUUCCAUUUUUGUUGUUAUUUUGACAUUAUCAGGGACCUUGUUCUAUUUCCGUGGGAAUCAUAGUUGUUGAAUAAGAUCAUUUGGUCUUUGGCUAAGCUGAUUUUUCCUGCCAGCCUCCAGGAUACUGGGACAGUGUGUUUUCCCACUGGAAAAGUACCCAUUUAUUUUCAGAGCCUGCAGCUGUCUCAGCUGGACAGUGAAAGAGGCAUAGAUUGGCUGGGAUUUGACAUUUUACCAAUGUCUCUAUUUACAUUUAGGGUUAAUCUCCCCAAACCCAGUUCAUUUUUUAAAAAGAGGCUUUCAAGAUCAGAACAUCUAGUAUACUGUUCCCAUGAAUGCUUUGUACUGUGAAUGUGUUUUUAUGCAGGGUUUACAAGAUUACUCACUGGGAAUAUUUGUUCAUUUUGACCUUCCAAGAAUCUUGGCUGAAGCAGUACAUCAAAUGUGAGGAUUCAUAUCUUCUCCAUCUUGGCCAAUAGCCAUUAAUAAUAUUAUUUUCAUGCACUUCAGACUACUUGCACUGUUUGGUGUGAAUAUAGCUACUGGAGAUUGAGAAAAACUUUGAUAAAACUGAUUCUGUUUAUAUUGUUCUAGUGAGUUUGCCUGAAAAAAGAGUUUCAAUGUUAUGGCAACAUUGGGGGGCUAUACUUUGACAGAAAGCAUCAGUUUAGCAUCAUAAAUCUUGUACCCUCCAGCUGUUUGGUACUACAACUUUAACUUGAUUGAAGCUGAUGGGUGCUGUAGUGUAAAACAUCUGGAGGGCACUGGGGUUGGGGAGUCUUCCUUAGUUGACUGAUAGGUCUGACCUUAUAAUUAAGUCUCAAUUGGUUGUUAAGGUUUCAUAUGUGAAAUUCUUAAGUAAUAAUUGAAUUGUGUUCCUUUUGCAAAACAACUCAUAUUGAAUAUGUUGCAACAAAAAUAAAAAAAUGUAUACACAAACAACAUUAAAUUAGAAAAUUAAACGAGAAGAAUUAUUCAGACCCAGUUUAGUAGCUACAUCUAUUCCCCAAGGUGGAUUUUUAAUUGGAUUUUACUCAAAGCUGUCUCAUGUGAAGAGCUUUUGCUGUCAGUUGUAUCGUUAUGAACAAUAAAAGCACAUCAUUUUCAGACUGUCCAACUGUGCCUUUUUAAUACAUGUUUUUAUAUCAUUAUGUGCAUAUUCCUCAUUUGUACUGAAUAUGUACCUGAUUUUUGAAUUUAUGUGCCACUUGUGCUUAUUUGGAAUGGCCUGCUUUCCUUGGGACAGUACUGAAUUUUGAAAUCUUGAAACCAAGUGUUUUGAAUUUUGCAGCUCAGUAGAAGUAGGAUAUCUAAGGACAAAAAUAUGCUUCCUCCUGUAAUGUGAGAAAAUGCAUAUUUUAAAAUUAUUAUUUCUACUUUUCAAUUAGACCUAUAUUUGACUUGUGCAUUGUCACAGUAAGCAGUACUGGUCUACUUGAUGUAAAUAAAAGUUUCUUAUGUACUGAGUAGCAAGGUAAUGAUUCAGGUAGCUGGGUGCCUGUACAAAAUAUUGUAAGAAUCAGUGCUUAGUCUGAAUACAAUUUUAUCAGAUCUAGAAGUUGAUUACGGGAGAAUCCCCACUUAUGCAGGGGUUCCAUUCCCAGCCACUGCGCACAUCGGCAAGAUGCAUGCCACUCCGUUCUGCCCCCCCCUUUUGGCACUGAAAAUGGCAUGCAUGUCAGCGGCCACACGCAUGCUGACCGCAAACAAAUGGGGAGGUGCUUGUAUAUUAUAAUGCAACCACCUUAAUAUAAAUAGUUGUUAAUUGUUUUGUACAACGUAAUCAACAUUAAAGAUCGGUAGAUACAAAUAUAAAACAGUAUACAAGAAAUAACAAUGGAAUAAUAAGGAAUGGCAAUCUCGCAGCUAUUUGCAUGAGUAAUUCGGUCCUAAAAUGCUUUUUAAGGAGAUAUAUCCCACUUCUCUAUCUCUCACUCUCCCCAGUGAACAGUUCACUUCUAAAUAUCUUUCAGGGGUUAUAUGUCACUGAAAAGGAAGUUUACUCUUAAAAACAUACAUUUUAUAAUGAAAGUAUGAUUUAUAACCACCUUUGAUCUUCUGAGAAGGAGCUGCAAAUUACAGGGCCUUUAAGACCCUAGAUGUUAAUGGGAAAAUGAACGGGAAAGAGGAACAAAUAAACUUCAUGACCUUUUAGAGCUUUCUCUCCCUAUCCAGCUAUAUUCACAAUCAAGCGGUCCAUGUCAAAAAGUGUAGUUAAUAGUUGCAAGCAAAGUGUGUUUUGGGGAAUAGGAACUCUACAGUGUCAUCGUGUUUCCUAGAGUAGCUUAUCUUACCUAGAAUUCUCGAAGAUUAAAAUCUCCUGUCACCACAUUGAUUAAAGAGAGGCUGUUUUUGGAAUGGUUUUUUUGAGUUAACAUCUUGUUCAGAUUAGGCAGGUUUACACAAUUUAUCAGCCACCAUGCUCACGGAAGCCCACCAGCCAUGUUGUCUAGCCCUCUAGGGACUUGAUAGAUCUUCCUGGGUUUUUUGGGUGGGUGGGGUGUGGGUGGGCAGACAGGGAGGUCUGACCAUGCCUGAAAAAACGAGGUUGACAACACCUAGCAGACUUCUUAGGUAUUUGAAAUGCAGUUAAUGUAGUUUAUGCAAGAUAUCAUUUAUGUGGAGCUGAAGGGAUAGGUGCUUGUCGAAGCCCACGGCACUGAUUAUUAAGUGUGUUGGAUCCAACACUUUGGUAUUGCCUGUCAGGCCUUCUCCAAACGAGAUUUUGAGUAGGAAACCUGAGUACAGUUGACUCGCGACUUGUGUGAGGGUUAUGUUCAAGGGAUGACAUAUAAAGCUGAAUUUGUGUAUAGUCAAAACAGCCCUGGAACUGCUCCCACGCAGGCACCCCUACCUUUCCAAAGCUGGUGCACAGGGUGGGUCUUGACCUCCACACAAGCCAGAGAGCUUUUAAGCUGUUUGCUUCCUUAUCAGACUCUGGGAAGUGUGGUGCCCCAGCUGCUGCCUUUGCUUCGGCACCAUUGUGUGCUGGAAACUUUGAAAGCAAUCACCCCAAAAAAGCUCAACAACUUUCCGCCACUGCUGAUUGUCCGGACUUUCACUUCUUAUUUAGAGAUUUGUUUUCUUAAUUUUGGGUUAAAAACAAAACAGGGGUCGUCUUAAACAUGGGGGUGUCUUAUAUAUGGAAAAAUACAGUAUUUCUGUGCCAGGUUUCCUCACAGUGAAAAGAGCUUUUAGGCUUUCCUCCGUGUGUGUGUUUAAUUUGCGCAGUGCCAGUCCACUGGCUGUCAAGUUUGUAAAGCUGCAAUCACACAGGUUAAAUGUGCACAAGAUGUGAGUUAACUGUACAAAUAAAUGGGAUGAGCAUCUUCAUUUGUAAUUGCACACUUGUGGUUUUAGUUAUUUUAAAAGAUAUCUGAACCAGGCUCAUUCCUUUUCACAAUAGAGUGUAUUUUAAAGAGUCAAAGCUGAAUAAAUUUACAUGUAUGUACCUAGAGGAGGCACUAUCAUGAACAGUUUGACAACUCCAUUCUGAAGUACAAACACACCACACACCAGCCCUCAUUUGCAGCAGCCCAAUUUGUCCAUGAACCAUCUGCUUCUUAUUUAGUAUUUAAAUUGAUCACCACUAGAGAUUUAAUACAGUGGUAGCAUCUAUUUGUUCAUCCUUUUGUUUUUGUAAACAAUUAUUCUGUAGUGUUUAAUCAAGGAUGGAUUUUGUUUGAUAUGUUAUGAAAUUGAGUUAUAUCUUGUGCCCUCUAAAGUUGAUGAUGAUUUUUGGGAAUCCUGUGCAGCAUUUGUCCUAUUCUCCAAAGUUAUGCAGAAGUGCUGGGUAUUUCUUUGAUCAAGAAUGUCCUUUAAAGCUUCCAGCUUUAUAGGCAGUUGACUAAUUGUAGACUGAGAAACAACAGAUUUUCAGAACUCCCAUGUGUGAACAAGUGUUCUUUUAGAGGAGAAUUUUGUCCAGUGAGUAUGCCCUAGAGACAGUCUUGGACUUUGUGAACAGCAGCAAACCGUCUUCAUGCUGUUCAUCAAACCCUGGGGUAAAAAAAUGAGACCAAAUUGUUUUAAAGACUUGCCAGGAAUUUUGUCAAGGGUAAAACAAGAUAUCACCAGCCAAUUAAGUCUAAUAUUUCUUUGAUGUACUGCAUCUCCCUAAACAAAUGCUGGAGCUAUAGUUCUUCUAUAUAGCUAUAGCUAAUAUUCAUCCCUUAUGAUACUACCUGCGAAUUAUAAUUCCAGGUGUUGCCUUCACCCAACACUGAAUAACCAUGAAGUGGUCUCUAGGAGAAAAUGACAUCCUUUGUUAAAUUUGGACAGGGAACUUUGGUUCUUCUGUCUGGGUGGAUGGUAGAGGAAGAAGAUCCGCUUCACCCAACAAUUCAGGAAUCUAGAAUGUGGCACAGGUCUUUGGCACUUCCUUUUCAGAGGUUCUGCUGUGUCACAGCUGGCAUUUAGCAAAGGCAGUACCAAGUGCUUUCCCCUAUGGCAACAUAGUCCAUCUUAGAAAAGUUGUAGUGCUGGGUGAAUGGGCCAGGGACGCUCUUGAGACCCCAACCUGCAUUGUUCCAUUUGUUUAUUGCACCAUGAUUUCCCAUUUUUGCUAUGAGAAGUAGCUUGUAAGUCUCCCAUUGAGGUGUUGACCAAGCAUGAGGCCUGCAAAGCUUUUUAACAAUAUACCAUAAUAGCAUCAAAUUAUCUGAGCUCAUUUUCUGCAGGCCCUUGUGAGUUCUGUAUGAGUUCUGUACCUGUGCAGAGCAGCAUCUCAAAACCUUCUUUAACCUGGAGUUAAAGAGCAAGGGUAGAGGUGAAAUCUCUGCGGUUUCAUGGACACAGCACAGGGGCUUCCCAAUGGAGUGAUGAAUGCUCUCUUCUUUUUUCUUCAGCUCUAGGAGGUUCCAAGAUUUGUUUGGCUCAAGACCCAAUAUGUGUGUCUCCAAGAUGACUAUUUGAAGAACAUCAGCUACAGUAAGCAGUCUGUCUUUGGAUAUAUUUGCUAAAGGUAGCACCACAUACACAGGAUGUUGCUGUAAGAAGGAGCUUCACUGUACCAUCUCCAAAAUAUGCCCCAGCUUCAGCUAUGUGUUUCUUUUGGAAAAAAUAGACUAUACUCACAGUAGAGCAAAGUUGCUAUUCUGAGUGCAAGCUGAACAGUACUAAAUAGGGAUGAUUGUGUGUGUGUGUGUGUGGUUGAAAACUACAAAAUGACUAAUCAUUGAAGUAUUCUACAAUUAAGUUCAGUUUCAUGUCCUGGCCUGUAUAUUAACAGCCAGAUGAGUUCACAAUAAGAUGUCAGACCAGCAAAUGAGUUUGAUGUCAAGGUCAUGUAGAUUUUCCAAAUAAUAAUUGUGUCAAUGAAAUGGUUGAGAGUUACAGAAUGCCACAGGCAUCUGUGUAGCCCUGGAUAUACAUAUAUUAUGGGUUAGUUUAUUUAUAAAUUUGUAUACAGUGGUGCCUCGCAAGACGAAAUUAAUUCGUUCCGCAAGUUUUUUCUUCUUGCGAGUUUUUCGUCUUGCGAUGCACGGUUUCCCAUAGGAAUGCAUUGAAAAUCAAUUAAUGCGUUCCUAGGGAAACCGACUUCAGACCAGGUCCGGGACAGUCUGUCCCCCGACCUCUUCUGAAGGCUGGGGGGGACAAGGGCUUUCUUCCCACUCCACCCCAGCAUUUUAAAACCCCGGGACAGCGGAGGGCUUCUCCCCUGGCCGGCGCGCUCUUAAAAUGCUGUCGGGCCGCAUUUUAAAAUGGCCCCGGGACAGCGGAGGACUUCUCCGCUGUCCGGGGCAAUUUAAAGCCCCUGGGAAGGCAGGCAGGGGGACAAAGACUUUGCCCCCGCCAGCCUUCAGAAGAGGUCCUGGACCUCUUCUGAAGGCUGGCGGGGGCGAAAGUCUUUGUCCCCCCACCUGCCUUCAAAAGCUGUCCAGCCAAGGCUUCGCGGACCUCUCCGCAAGCAGCGGCAGCACUGCCGCUGCUUGCGGAGAGUUGCCGGCAUGCCGAAGCCUGCGCGCGCUGAGAUCAGCGCGCCCAGGCUCGCGGACCUCUCCGCGAGCAGCGGCAGCGCUGCCGCUGCUUGCGGAGAGUUGCCGGCAUGCCGAAGCCUGCGCGCGCUGAGAUCAGCGCGCCCAGGCUUCGCGGACCUCUCCGCGAGCAGCGGCAGCGCUGCCGCUGCUUGCGGAGAGUUGCCGGCAUGCCGGAGCCUGCGCGCGCUGAGAUCAGCGCGCCCAGGCUUCGUGGACCUCUCCGCGAGCAGCGGCAGCGCUGCCGCUGCUUGCGGAGAGUUGCCGGCAUGCCGAAGCCUGCGCGCGCUGAGAUCAGCGCGCCCAGGCUUCGCGGACCUCUCCUGCCUUCAAAAGCCGUCCGGGAUAGCGGGAAGCGCUUCCCUGCUAUCCCGGACUGCUUUUAAAAUGCUGGCGGUGGGGAGCAAAGCCUUCGGCCCCCGCCAGCCUUCCUGGACCUCUUCUGAAGGCCGGAGGGGGGGGGGAAGGCUUUGCUCCCCACCGCUAGCAUUUAAAAGAGGUCCCCGGAGAUUUCCCUAUGGGCUUUCGUCUUGCGAAGCAAGCCCAUAGGGAAAUUCGUUUUGCGAAGCGCCUCCAAAACGGAAAACCCUUUCGUCUAGCGGGUUUUCCGUCUUGCGAGGCGUUCGUCUUGCGGGGCACCACUGUACCACCCUUCAUUUGUAGCUUUCAGGGCGGUUCAAAAGAUAAAAGCAAAGAUAAAUGCACAAAAUGCACAAUAAAAACAGGAACAACACACACACACACACACACACACACACACACACACACAUUUCCCCAUUCUUUCUCCCAACAGAGGUCAUCAUACAAAGUGUCCAAAGCAGUUUCUGGGCCCAAACUGGGCCCAAAUCCCGACAGAAAUUCAGUUUCCUCCAAGAGCUCCUGGAUCUGGUCCAUGAACACAGCUCAGUAAUCUUGCUCAAGAAGGGGAGGUUGGCCUUUGGCCAGUAAUUGCUUAGAUUUUCUUAAUCCAGAGAGGCUUUCUUGAGGAGUGGUUUUACCACUGCCUCAUUUAAGCAGGCAGGGACCCUCUUUCACAUGGAGACAUUAAUUACCUUCCUGGCCCAGCCAGCUGUCCACUAGCCAAUAGGGGUAAUUAAAGGGUAAUUAUAAAUCUCCUAAAUCAUACUAAAAAACAUUGCAGCAGUGUGCACUAAAAAGUACAAUGGAAAUCAUUAAAACAUCAUAAAAUGCAGGACAAAUUGACCAACUAUGAACAGGAUUUUCUAGAAUGCUUGAUGAAACAAAAAUGCUUCUCAACAGGUGGAGAAACUUCAGCACUCCAGUUGCUUGGCUAUUUUCAAUAGGAAUAAUGUUCCAAGGUAUUCUUUGGAAAGCCAGGUGCUGAACGGGCUCCAAAGUGUUGGAGAGGGUGCUCAGGAGGGAUUAUGUUGAUAUUUCACCUUAUCCUGCCAUUGUGAGACUAGAGCAUUGACAGGAUCUAUCCACUGGAAAAUCUCCCAGAAUAUUCAGUCGCUGAGGGCAGAUGAUCUGAAUAGACCCCCACGGCUGCAGUGUGGGGUGCCCCAGUAGAAGCUGCAACUCCAAACUUAGACAAGUAUUUUGCCAUUGUACUGAGCCAACCACACAGGUCCAUUGUGAACUGCUCUUUCAGAUCUAUGGGCAGUCUGAAGAGUGUUUGGGGAGUUGGAAAUACAGUAUGCUAAGUUGGUGGAAGGGCUCCUAGCUGUUUUAUGAGGAACAACAGCUUUCUUGGUGCGUUGAACUUAUCACUGUUGCAGUCAGUGCUGGACUAAACAGACUUCUGACAAUCUUUAUGUUCACCAGGGCAGAGGGCCAAAUGGUAGAUUGCUUCCUGCAUUCAUUUAGCAUUCCAGAAGUUGAAUUCCCAUCCCUGUCAUGCAAUAAUUCUUGUGCUGUGGAUUGUUUUAGUUUCAAACCCUAUGGGGAUUGCCUAUUUUUAAAUUAUUUUGGCAGUGAUGCAAAGAUCUGCAGUGGGACUCUGGAUUCUUCCCUAUCCCAACCCCCUGCUCCAGAGACCAGCACCCCACAUUGAUUGACUGACUGCUCUCAAUAGGAAAGCAUUUCAAAAGUUGUUUGUCAGUGGGUGAACUGUCAUGGAAUGGGCAGGAGGGCGUCAAAAGUUCUGUGGGGUUGUUUUACCUGUAAUUAAUCACUCAGCAGAAAGAAACCCAUAUAGGUUAUGUGUGUACACUUCAAAUAAUUUUCUGUCUGUCUCCAUCCAGGCCUGUAGCCUUUCUAGAAAGUUGUGGGAAUGACAACAACAACAAAAAGUAGGGGGCAGUUUAUCUAGUUCACAGGCCUUUUAAAGACAAAAUCACGAACUUUUUUAUUUAACUCUCAUUUUUACAGCCAUACUACAACGUCAAAAGUUUUUACUAAGCAACUUCAGCAGGUUUCUUCUUAAAACAACACAUACUGCUGUUCAAAUAAGUCAAAACAUUUCUUCAUCUCAGGUAUAGCCUCAAUUGCAUGUACAUUUUGAUAACUGCAUGUACCAAGUAGAGUUGGUGAUUAAAGCAAUUCAGGAACAAAGUUUUUCACAUAAGUUCUUUAGAGAUUAGAGCUUGAAAACCAGCUGAUAAACCUUUUAUGACAGAUCUCCAUCAUAUGAUUGGGCAAUUAGUUUGUCAUAAUUUGACUGUAAGCCAGUCAAUGUUGACAAAAUUUCAGAUGUUAUAUUUUAAGCACUUUGUGAACAAAGCUCGUAAAUUGCAACGCAUAUUUCUGUCGGCUUCAUGCUUGCAAGUUAUAGGCAAUGGCCAAUUAAAUAUGCGUUCGAAUGAUGCAUGAUUGCACACACGCGCAUGGCGCCGAACCCAGAAGUGAACCGAAAACAUCCCUAAACACGCUGCUAAAAGGGUGGAAUGGGGCCACGGUGUGCUUAUGUGCACUAUGCCAAUGCACUUGGGGGUUGGGAACAGAACAAAAUGGUUGUUGACUGUAAUCAGAGAGCAUUUCUAUAUUUACAAUACUGUGGUACCUUGGUUCCCGAACUCAGUCCAUUCGACUUCCAAAAUGUUCACAAACCGAGGCGCAGCUUCUGAUUGGCUGAUUGGCCCCAGAAACAAUACCGACAGCCAAAAUGGAUGUUUGGCUUCCAAAAAACGUUCGCAAACUGGGAUACUUACUUUUGCGACAUCCGGGAGCCGAUUUGUUCGGGAGCCAAGCUGUUCGGGAACCAAAGUACCACUUUACAUUGUUUGUCCCUAAUCUCAUAAGCUAGCAAUUUUACACAAGUACUUUAAUUAAUUUGCUUCAUAAUAAUUUCUAGAAUUAUUUUAGUCAUGAUGUGGAUUACUUCAUAUUGGAUUUCAGUGCUGACGUGUUUAGCAUUUGCAAGAAUUGUUAUCACAAUUCCUUGCAAUUUUUGAUCUUUUUUCAUAGAAAAUGCAAAUAACUGUAAAAAGAGCCAGCUUGCCUCUACUCCUAAUUGUUCACACCCUGAAUCACCCCGAAAGACAAUUGAUUGACAUUUAAAAAUUGAAUUACUUCAACAAUACACUUCACAUAAUAUUGGCUAUUUUUAAUCACUUGUUACACAUUUUUUUCUGAAUUGUUUCUUUUGUUAUCCAGAGAAUUAUCCAUCGUACUUUUAUGGGCUAUUGUAUAUUUAAGGAGAGAAACAAAGGCCUUCUUAUUCUUAUUUAUUCUUAUUCUCAUUAUUAAUUAAAUUUGCAUAUUGACCUACCCUGUACCCGUAGAUCCCAGGGUGGUUCACAGCUCAAAACUACAAUAUAAAAAAUACAAAAUAUAUAAUAAAAAUAAAAGCAUAUAUAACCCCCCCUUCCACAACACAUUUAAAGGGGCAUCAGAUGUUGUUGUCUUUCUAAAAAUUAUGCUAGAAAUGUAAUUAUUAUUAUUUUUUUAAAUGGGGAGGGAUUUUUUUUUGGGGGGGUGGUAGUCUCCCAUUUAUCCCUCACUACAUAGAAAUCCCACCAGCUGCUAUUUGCAUCUAAACAAGAGAGACCAGCACCAAAUACCAUUUAAAACUAAAGCUAGCGAUCAAGUCAGCUGGAAAUGAAAGAAGCAUCACAUUUCGGCUGGUACUCAGUUCACAUCCUGUGCAUAUGCACAGUUGUUGAGGGGGAUGUGUCACACACACCUUCCGUAGAUUAACUUGGCACCUCUGACAAUGGCUAUUCUUAGCAUCACAAUUCCACCACUGUUAUGCUGUUAAAUCUCCCAGACAAGUACUGCAUGUACAAGACAGCACCGAACAACACAACUGCCAUAGCGAUGAGUUAAGGGCGGAAGGAACAGCACAGUGGUGGUGCUACUUACAUAGGCCAGACCAGGUUACAUGAAUGUCUUUGGUUUGUAUGUUCUCAGCUUGCAUACUGCUGAAUCCACUUACCUUUUGAGCAAUCUAGGACUAUUGAUUGUAGGAUGGUAUCAGGGAGUCCACAGUUCAUAGUACACAUUAGGACACGCAGGUGGAUCCUGCACAUGUCUGAGAAAGGAUGAGUUAAAGGGAGAUAAUGACAGAGGUGUAUUGUUUUAUAAAAGGUGUGUAGAAAGUAGAUAGGAAGCAGUGUCUGAUCCGUCUCUCAUAAUACCCAAACUGGUUAUCCAGUCACGCUCCAGAAACUCAGGACAAGACAAAAGGAAGUCCCCCUUCAUACAAUACACAAUCCAACUAUGGGUUCCACUCAUGCAGGAUUUAGCAAUGGUCACCAGCAGGGACUGCUUUAAAAUGAGGUCAGACAAAUUCCUGGAGAAUAAGGCCAUCGAUGGCUACUACAGAUACUAUGGUAACUGUAUACUACCCCAAAGAUCAGAGGAGCCUUGCUUCUGAAAACCAGUUUGCUGAGAAACAUGGCACUCGAGUUUUGCCCUGCUUGUGGGCUUCCCACAUGCGUCUUGUUCAUGAAUAUGAGAACAGGAUGCUGGACUAGAAAAGAAUCAGAAAGAUUGGAUACCCUGCCCCCCCUUUUUUGUUUUUGUUUUUUCCAGGCCUUCCCAUCUUUAGUCUGGACCAUAUGGACCUUUGGUGUGAUGCAGCAUUGCUCUUAGGUUCUUUCUCAAAAGUCCCACAGUAGGAGUUACUCCAAAUUUUCCUAGCCUGCUGUCCAGCAGGUGUUUAGGACUCUUAAUUCCCACCUGCCCCUGCCAGCACGUCCAGUGGUUAGGAAUUAUGGUAAUUGUAGUCCAAAACAUCAGGAUGGUGCCAAGCUGGGGAAGUCUUACUCCUAAUUGACUACAGGGUUGCAUUCUUCACUGCUUUGUAUUACUUUUCUAUAUUUGUUGUUGUUGUUUAGUCGUUUAGUCGUGUCUGACUCUUCGUGACCCCAUGGACCAGAGCAUGCCAGGCACUCCUGUCUUCCACUGCCUCCCGCAGUUUGGUCAAACUCAUGCUGGUAGCUUCGAGAACACUAUCCAACCAUCUUGUCCUCUGUCGUCCCCUUCUCCUUGUGCCCUCCAUCUUUCCCAACAUCAGGGUGUUUUCCAGGGAGUCUUCUCUUCUCAUGAGGUGGCCAAAAUAUUGGAGCCUCAGCUUCAGGAUCUGUCCUUCCAGUGAGCACUCAGGGCUGAUUUCCUUAAGAAUGGAUAGGUUUGAUCUUCUUGCAGUCCAUGGGACUCUCAAGAGUCUCCUCCAGCACCAUAAUUCAAAAGCAUCAAUUCUUCGGCGAUCAGCCUUCUUUAUGGUCCACUUUUCUAUAUAUCUUCCUCAUAUUGCAGGCUAUACACACCUGCUUCUUAAUAAAUGAUGCCAUUUACAUGCACUUUGUGCUUGGGUUUCCAAGUAAAUGCACAAAGCUACCCUGAGUGGAGCACACAGUGAGAGGGAAAAGUCUCACAGACAUUAAGAAGUGCCAUCAAAGCCCCUUAGGAGCACAGUUCAAAUGAAGUGUAUCAAUCUUUCUGCCUUUCUCACAAACACACACUUUGAUGCAGUUUGCUUCUAAAGCAUAAAUAUUGGAUCUGGGUGUGAAUUUCGUGGUGUGGUUUUUUGAAUUGAUUUACAGGAGUGGUGCUGAACAAUAAGAUCUGGAGUGCUUGCUCUAACCUUUUUUGCCUAAAGCUUCUGCAUGCUUGUAAAAUUAUUGGGUUCUUUUGAGCUCCUGUUUUUGAAACCACAAUAAACAAGCGCUAGUGAGAAUUAGAAGGGAUCUGCCUAGAUUUAUUUAUUUUUAAUUUGUGUUUAUUAAAUUAUCAUGAAUGCUGAUUAACCAAUUUUCCUCACACAGUGUUUAUUUUUUGUUUCAGCUCUUUGCGUGCAAAUGAGACCAGCCAGAGUGUUUUUGAUAGAUUGUGUGAGAAUCUGGCAGAGACCAUAGCACGAAAUGAAUGACCCUUUAUGGCCUGAGUGAAAUGUUGCUUUUGUAAGGCCUAAUUGUAAAUUUUGACCAUUUCCUAUUAUGAUGUUCUUUCCCCUUCUCCCUGCUAGCUCCUUCCUUGUCCUAUUCAUUUUAUUUAUUUUACUGCAACCCAUUAACCAGGUCAGCCUCCAAACAGCAAUAGCUAUUUUCUCCUACAGUUUUGCUUUUGUCCUCUGCAAAACACUACCAUACCUAUAAUAAUAUAAGAUGUUAUUCCAUAGAUAACCCUGUUGAAGGAGGAUAUUAGAGAUGCCUGAUUUUCUCUACUGACAUCCUCCAAGCAAUAUUUACUAUCACAGUUUAUUGAUUUACUGCUGUGCAGCUUUCAAUCCUUUCUUCUUCUUUUUAAUAGAGUUGAUAGCUUUUUUUGCUUUUUUCGUUUUUAUAUGGCCAUGACAUACACUUGCACCUCUCCAUCAGGAUUUUAUGUGCCAGCUGAUUUUUAAUAACUGCAUGGUUGCUGCUAAGAUUAAUCCCUCUUUACAACAGUGCCUCUUUCCUAAAGAGCCUUCGCAGCUGAUUAGGGCCACAAAUAACUCGUCAAAACAAAGUUGGCAGUGUUCGAUGUGCUGUGAGCUUGCAGUUAUUGCCCUUUUAAUGAUGCAGUGGUGUGCACUUCCAGCUGUGCAGCAGCAGUGCAUGGUCCCUGGCAGCUGUUUGAUAGCUCAUCAAAUAGCUGUUGAGCAUCAUCCCCUAUUUGUCAUAAAACUAAAUGUGCCACCAGGGUUAGGAGGCUAUUGACAACUGCUCCUCUCUUGCUUUACCAUAGCUACCUUCUGACAUGGUAAUUAAGGAGGAGUUAUUGUUGGCACAUAGCAGUUUUUGUUUCUUCCCCUUUCUUUACAAAGGAGCUGCUGUCAAAUUAUCUCUACCAGGAGAUGUGAAACUUGAAAUUUACUAAGCUAGCCUUUGCCCAACCAGUCAUGUGAUCUGUAUAGCUUGUGGCCACCAAAUCAAACACAGCCCACCAAUCAUGUAUUGCUAUCCACCAGGGGCACAAUAAACUCCCAUGUUUUGGCUACCUGACAAGUCUUUGGCAGCCCUUUCCAUUUUUACGGUCCCUUGAAAGGAAGUUAAAACAGUCUAUUGUGCCUUUGCUGGGACACCAGAGAUGGUUGGUCAGCCGAGUUUGACUUUGUUGGCUAAUGUAGCUCCAGUAGGAAAGGGCUUAAAGGUCUUUGUGUCAACUAUCAUGAACAAAUUUGGAAACGACCGCAGUUUAGACUCCUGUCUAAAGCAGUCUGACUCGUGGGUUCCUAUGUACCCUGCCAUAAGCCUGCUUUUGCCCUUUUAUCCUGCGUCCACAUUGGUUCAUUGAUCUGACCUGAUCACUUGGCUUUAAGCUUUGCUCCAGUUUUCCAGUUUCUGCUUUUGGGUUUCUGUCAAGGCUGAUGCGUCUAGUUUAGGACUUCAUGCUUUGUGUUGCUGCCUCAAUCCCAGAUUGUCCCUUGGUUGUGGUUUAGAUUCUGAUCUAUUGACUCUGAUCCCAUUAUGAUUGCCACAGAUGGACCACAGAUUCCCUCUCUUUGACUCCAGGAACUAUUCCUCAAAUUUUGCUAUACCACUUGUAGCCUGUGGGAUUAUACCGUAUUUUUCGCCCCAUAGGACACACCGGCCCAUAGGACGCACCAAGUUUUUUGGGGGGGAAAUAAAGGGGGGAAAAUUAUUUUCCCCCCGGCGCUUGUGGGUCCGGCAGCGGGGAGAAGCACUCUUCUCCCCGCCGCCAGCCUUCAGACCAGGUCCGGGGACAGCAGGAAGGCGCGCUGUACCUCCCCGCUGUCCCCCGAGCUUGCGGGCCUGGCGGCGGGGAGAAGCACGCGUCUCCCUGCCGUCAGCCUCCAAACCACAUCGGGAAACAGCGGGAUGGCGGCGUUCCGCCUCCCCGCUGUCCCCCGACCUUGUGGGGCUGGCGCUGGGGCGCUCCUGAAGCCUGGCGAGCGAGGGGUCGGUGCGCACCGACCCCUCUCGCUCUCCAGGCUUCAGGAGAGCCUGCAUUCGCCCCAUAGGACGCACACACAUUUCCCCUUCAUUUUUGGAGGGGAAAAAGUGCGUCCUAUAGGGCGAAAAAUACGGUAAUUCUGUAUUGGUGGCCUGCCUUCUCAUGUCAUAAAUAAAUAAUAGAUUUUAAGCCUCCACAGUUCUGAUUGUUUCCUGCUGUUUCUAUGGGAGUGUAUUCUUGGCCAUAAAAAUAGAUUUUAGAGCUUGAACUAGUACUAUUGACUUUAAAAACUUAUACUUCUUAUUAUUGGUUUUGGAGGUAUUUUCUUUCUUGUAACCAUGCUUGGGAACAGGAAGAAAAAUGUGUGUGUGCAUAUAUUAAUUAUAAAUUUCCCUUUAAGUAGUACACAUAUUUGUAUGCAUUUGGUCAGUUAAUUUGUUUUAAGAAUUUUAUUUCUUUCCCUGAAGUAUGCUAAGAGGCCCAGUGUGAUGUCGUGGUUAGGGUGUUGGAUGCAGGUGGCACUGUGGUCUAAACCACUGAGCCUCUUGGGCUUGCCGAUCAGAAGGUCGGCGGUUUGAAUCCCUACGACGAGGUGAAGUCCUGUUGCUCUCUCCCAGCUCCUGUCAACCUAGCAGUCCGAAAGCACACCAGUGCAAGUAAAUUAAUAGGUACCACUGCGAUGGGAAGGUAAACAGCAUUUCUGUGCGCUCUGGUUUCCUUCACAGUGUUUUGGUUUAGUCAUGCUGGCCACAUGACCCGGAAAACUGUCUGUGGACAAACACUGGCUCCCUCGGCCUGAAAGUGAGAUGAGCGCCACACCCCACAGUUGCCUUUGACUGGACUUAACAGUCCAGGGGUCCUUUACCUUUACCUUUUACCUUAGGGUGUUGGAUUUAAAAUCUGGGCACAGCCAAUUCAAAUACCUGUCCAGCCACAAAGUACAAUGGGUAACCUUGGCCACAGUGCCCAUCUCUCAGCACAGCCUAUCACAUAAAGUUGUUACAAGGGUAAAAGGAACUUCUUGGAGAAAAGGCACGGUAAAGAUGUAACCACAAAAAUGAGAAUAAAAUGUAAUAAUAAAUAAGAAGCUGUGAAACAGAGAAGAUUUUUGGGUGCUGGCAUUGGCAGGAAGCUUGCACUUAAAAGCACCACAUCUCAUUUGACUGAAAAACCAUCUACCUCUGCCCACUCCUUCAUAAGUAGCUGCCCACAUUUGCUAUUGCAUCCUGUUAGCAGCAAAGCAGAAGAGUUUGGGUGACAACUCUCAUUAAGUUGGCAUGCCCGGUGAAAAUGUCUUUGCCACUUAGGCUUCCUACUUGCAACGUGUGCUGUUUCUGUCGGGCUCUGCUGUUAUUUAUAGGGCACCUGUCACAAUCGUGUUUAGAGAGAAGCCUUGUCUGCGUUUUAUGCAAGUUCCCUGCUUUUGGGGGGAUGGGGGAGGCAGGAUUCUGCCUGAACAGGGAAUGCAUUAUGCAGCAAAUCUUACUUUAUUUUGUGGGAACACACAUUCAAAUAUGGAGCACAUGUUGCGUCUUGUAACAUUUCCUCCCGUUUGUAGAACAUAUGUAUUUAUUGCCCAUUGCCUAGAAGUGGAUAGGAUGUGUGCUGGUUUAAUGUUCUGCAAAUUUUUAUCUUCAGUACUACAGACCAAUGAAAGCAUGAUUAUUGCUACUUGAGCUCGUUUAUAGUAUAUUUCAUUUUCAUUGGUGAAGUGCCAGUGUGAGAUGGCAGAUUGACAUUCUGAGUUGCUCUGUGCUUUAUGUUAAAUCUCUUGCUAUAGUGUGCCAGAGCUUAAUUUAUUUAAAUAUUUGAAUCAUUCACACCCCCUUCCUACCCUGCCCCCCCCCUUUGGAGGACUGAGUCUAAGUUUCGCUGCAAAUGUAGUGGCUCCAUCUUUUAACUAUUUCAGGUGCGUCAUCUUAAAACCCAAAGGUGUUCUUCAGAGAACUGAAAGUGAUUUGAAAUCAAAUUGCUACUCAUAGUGGCCUGGCUCGGAUGAUCAUUCCAGGCUCCAUCAACCACAGUUUAUGAAGCUAUGAAAGAGUCUUUGUGCUGAGCACUUCUUCCACGUCCCACCCCUUCAUAUGCCGUCUUCACUUCACAGAUUCUGAUUUACGUUCACCUAGAGUUUCUUGUUAUGUACAAAUAGGAAAACCUAGCCUUAAUGUUGGUUAGCAAAUCAGACAGGUUAAUAGGCAUUUCAAUAUUUUUGUAUUGUCUCAAAGCAAAAUCCACAUGACCAUUGUCCGUAGCAGGUCAAAUGAUAAUAGAUAUGCACACUAUGAAAAACUAAACUUGUCUCAAAUCACUUUCAGUUCAUUAAACCCCCCCCCCAACUUAAAUCUCUUGAGUUUAGGCUGACCAAAUUAGGAAUGGAUUUUUAGAGAUUAGACCCCAAAUCAUAUAAGCUAGAUAUUAUUUAUGUAUUUGUUUCUAUGUUACCCUUCAUCUGAGGUUUACGCGGUUUACGAUAUAACAGCUUGUGCCCCAUUUCAAACCUGUUCACCUCAUUUUUAUCCAUGUGAGUUGAGAAAGUAAGUGGAGUAAUAUGUCAAGUUACCCAAGUCAGACGUUAUUUCUAUUAACCUUAAAGACAUUUCUCGAAGUGCCUUCAUUAGCUAGUAUUUGGAGCCUAUAUUUAACUGGGCACAGUGCAGAAAUGCUUAGACUGCACAGUCUUUGUACAAUUCUGCUUUGUCUUGGCUUGACACUAGCUCUUGGCUCAGUUUGCCAAAUAUGAUUCUGCAGCACCCAAAACCCAGCCUAAAAGCCCUGAUUAGAUUUCAGGUAGAACUGGGUCAGGCAGUAAUGUAUUGCCAUAGUAGCAGCAUUUUCAGGAGUGGGUGCAUAUUCAAGGGCAGCAAAACACUCAAGGAUACAGCUAAGUGAAGGUGAAAAUAAACAAUCAAUUAAACUGUGGUUGCUGAGGGGGAAAUGUCUCCACUGCUGGUUCUCAUUGUGACUAGCCAGGUAAAGAGCAUGCUGUUCUGUGGGUUCUAGCUCAUUUUUGAUAGCCACGUUGAUGCAUAAGGUAGCUUCUUCGGGGCGCAAUGAGGGCAAGAAUAUACAUGGCCUGUCUUAAUGUGAUAUUGGCAGAAUAAUGUACAUCUGAAAGGUGUAUGUCAACACUUUAAUUUGUCCAAUGUCUAGAAAGUGCAGGUGUGGACAGUUUUCAGUUUGCCCCGCUGCUUUUCCUGGGAAAUCUCCCUCUUUCCUGCUGAAUCAUAGUAAAUGCUAAUCUGGAGGAAACCCAGUUGAUGUUUGCUUUGAUUUAGCAGUAAAGAGGGAGUUUUCCUGAGGGAAAGCAGCAGGCCCAAGCAGUAGUGUGGAUGAGCCAUUACUGUGGCAAGGAGCAGGAAGAGAGGAAACUGUACUAUCUGACCUGCUUUCCUUUUAGUCUUCUCCUUGCAGACUGAGAUAGUCUGGUGUCUCUGAAGUCCACAAUAUUUCUGGUGGAUGCCAUUAAAGUAAGGCCACUCUAGAGUUUUUAUUUAUUUAUUUUUUAUUUGUUGAUUUGCAUUUUUGCCUGUUUAAUGUUCUCUGUAUAUAAACUGCAAUGGCUGGCAGUGAAUGCAAAUAUCUAUUGAUACAUUUUCCUUUAGCCUUGUUUUAUUUUAAGACAAACGGGGCAACUUCUCCUUCCUCUUCACUUUAUUUUGUAAGAAGCCUCUACUUAGGUGUGUAUACUUUGAUAUACCCGUAUCAUACUGACUGAGAAAUGCAAACAGUUAAUCAGAGAGAUGCAGUGCUAAUGCUACACUGUCAGUAUCUUCCUUUGGGAAGUGACAGCUUUGAAAAUCGCCUUAGUGAGACAUGCGGUGACCUUGAACAUGCCUUACUUCUUUACAGUGUGCACAACACAAAAUAAAUACUCAGUUCCUUUUUGAGAUUUGUCUCCUUUAUAAUUUUGACUUUUGGGUUGGCAAUAUACUCCGUAGUGCAUUUUUGUAUGCAAGGAUUACAUCACCUUUAAGCCUCUCUUGUGUUGUUUAUGUUUACAUCUUAUAAUGGUGUAAAUGAAGAGGAAGAAGUGGAGGAGAGUCAUUUAUAAUAUGAGUGGGCAUAUUAGCCAACACUACUUUUACACUUUUUCAUCACAAGCCCAAUUGAAGCAAGAGCUGGAAUGCUGUUUAGCAAAUAUUUUUCAAAUAAAUAAACAAUCAACCAACCAACCAACCAACCUCUGGAAGUAAGAGGAGAGUUUGCUACAAUAGAUUUUAAACAGCUUUAUGACUCUGCUGGUAAAUAUGUGUUUAGGGAGAUAUUAAAAUGCAGAUCAUCAAUCGGAUAAGGCAUAACAUCAUAUUCAGAGUUAUUAAGGUGUAUUGGCUGAAUGAAUUUGCAGUCCCUACAGGAGUGGAUGUAGUAAAAGUCUGCGUGAAAUGGUACCAGGUGCAGAGGAAGCAUCUUUAAUUGAGGUGCAUGAGUUAGAGUCCCAACAACAUCUGGUGGGCCAGACAUUCACCACUCGUCCUGCAGCAAGUUAUCCAAGCUGGUUUCAACUUUCUGUGGGCUCCUCUGUGAUUCCUGUGGUGCCUCCUCUUUGCAGCUUCUUUCUCUGUUUCUCAAUCUCUUACCCCUCUGUUUUGUGGAAGUCUGCUGUUGGUUGAUGGGUGGGGCUUCCCUGCUCACAGCAAUGGGGGAGAGAGGAGGGCAAGGUAACACCAUCCAUGUGAUGUUGUGAGUGGAGAAGAGGAAAGGGGAGCAGUGAGGAGACUGCAUAACUUCUGCUGCUGACCUGCACGCUGCACUUCACAUGUGGUCCUCCAGAUGUUUCUGGCUGACAACUCCCAACCCCAGGAUGAUGGGACUAAAUAUGGAAGACCACAGGGUCCCCAUGCCUUCUGGAAGCUUCCUAUGAAUGCUGUUUGGAAAUGAUGUCUGGUAUUGGGUGGAGGGAACAUAUCUGACUACCAGCUUGUUCUAGGCACAGUUCUAAGGUAAAGGUAAAGGAACCCCUGACCAUUAGGUCCAGUCGCGGACAACUCUGGGGUUGCGGCACUCAUCUUGCUUUACUGGCCGAGGGAGCCGGUGUACAGCUUCCAGGUCAUGUGGCCAGCGUGACUAAGCCACUUCGGGCGAACCAGAGCAGCGCACAGAAACGCCAUUUACCUUCCCGCCAGAGCGGUACCUAUUUAUCUACUUGCACUUUGACGUGCUUUCGAACUGCUAGGUUGGCAGGAGCAGGGACCGAGCAACGGGAGCUCACCCCAUCUUGGGGAUUCCAACCACCGUCCUUCUGAUCGGCAAGCCCUAGGCUCUGUGGUUUAGACCACAGCGCCACUUGCAUCCCACUAGGCACAGUUCUAACUUCUGAUUUUGAGGUCUAAAUUCAUAACAGUUCAAUAUCUGAACUAUCUUCCAAUUGGAUAUCUAUAUCUAUCUAUCUAUCUAUCUAUCUAUCUAUCUAUCUAUCUAUCUAUCUAUCUAUCAUCUAUCAUUUAUAUUCCACCCUUCUUCUAAGGAGCUCAAGGUGACAUACCUGGUUCUCUUCCUCUCAAUUUUAUCCUCACAACACCCCUGUGAAGUAGGUUAGGCUAAGAUAUUGAUUGGCCCAAGUUUACCCAGUGAGUUUCAUGUUUGAGCAUUUGAACCCUGGUCUCCCAGGCUGUAGUCCAAAGCUGUAGUCAUUACACCACUUUUUGCAUAAUAUUAAGGCUUUUGUUGUAGACCCAGCUCUGAACUUUCCUGCCUUCUGACGUGAGGGACCUGAUUAUCAGUGUCAGGGCCUUAUUGUUAGUGGUGCCCUGUUUAUGGAACUUCCUCUCCAUGACCAUUCGCUUAGCACCUUUCUUUAGUGAUUUUGGCAAAUGCAUCUCUUCAUACAGGCAUUUAGUUCUGCCUGAACUUUAAAGGUCUUUGCUUGGAUUAAUUUUGUUGCUGCUUUAUUGCAUGUAAUUAUGCCUUAAUAUUGGUGAACUGUUUUUGUUUUUCAAAAGUUAGGACGGGAAGGAAGGUAAGAAAAUUUGACCUCAGAUUGGGAAUUGGAGAGAUCCUUGGAGCAGGCAUUCUGGAUGCCUUGGUAUGCUUAACAGCUUGUGGUGAGACAGAAGACAAACAGGGACUUUGUAUGUACAUUCCAUGCCAACACAAAUGUUCUGCCACAAAUGUCAGGUAGACUUUCCAAGUGUUGACAUGGUGUGUUGUACAUAUAAAGUCCCUGUUUGUCUUCUGUCUUACCACAAACUGUUAGGCAUAUUAAGGCAUCCCAGAAUACCUGCUCCAAGGAUAAGCUACUUAGCAUCCACCGAAGAUCCUGAUAUUGUGUCACUUUAUAGGAGGUUGGUGUGGCUCAGGUAGUUUGCCAUUGCUCUGAUUCUUCAAGUUAAUGUCAUCUUUCCCCCUCCAUUAUCUACCUCCAGUAGAUUGUCUAAUAUAUUAUAUAAAUAUAUUGUACAUUUUACAAGAAAAAACACCAAAUCUUUGGGAGAGCUGCUUAAUUUUUUGAAACGAGGGUGGGAGGGAGAGAGUACAGUGGUACCUUGGGUUAAGAACUUAAUUCGUUCUGGAGGUCCGUUCUUAACCUGAAACUGUUCUUAACCUGAGGUACCACUUUAGUUAAUGGGGCCUCCCGCUGCCGCCGUGCCGCCAGAGCACAAUUUCUGUUCUCAUCCUGAAGCAAAGUUCUUAACCCGAGGUACUAUUUCUGAGUUAGCAGAGUCUGUAACCUGAAGCGUCUGUAACCUGAGGUACCACUGUAUUAAAAAUGUUAAUCUGUUUCUUCCUGUGACCCCUUGGAAUGUCAGUUUGUAACCACUAUCUUCACGUCCUAGCAUCUUUCUUUGGUACCAAUUUACCAUUGGCUUGGAAUAGUCCCUGUAAAUUCUCCAACUUUUUGUGCUUUAUUUUGGUAACAUUAUUUACAGCUGCCUUGCUUUGUCUCCAGUCUUUCAAAAUGUGUGCAUCUUUUCCAGAGGAUGUGCUAGGCUAGUGCAGCUUGUGCAGAAUGAAGUGAGAAUCAAUGACUUGUAAGUGUACUCACUGAAGGCUUGUCUGAGAGCCAGACUGAUGCCCUCCACGAUAAGCUGCCAAAGUGACUCUCAGAAGGCUCUGGAGGGAAUGCAGAUUCGUUUGAAUCAUUUCCCUUAAACUCAGAUAGGGAAAUGUUCUUUCCCAUUAAGAUCAAACACCCACAGUUCUCUUGUUUCAAGAAAACACCUUCUGAAGUUCAAACCCUGAAGAUCUUAUGAUGAUUUUCUUAAUUAGACUCUUGCUUAACGAAAGAAUUCAAUAUGUUCGUGGGAGGACUUUUGCUGUUUCCCGCCACCCGCACCCUGAAGAUACCGGGUAUGCAAAAGAAGGAAGAGUGUUAAAAGAGAACUGGUUUAAAAGACCAGCACUGUAAAAUUGAAACAGUAGGAUUCGGCAAAUGAUGGUGCAUAGGAUUGAUGGUGGCAAAGUUGACACCAGCUAUUGUUGUUUAAAUACUUAGAAGUAUAACCACGUACUGACUAAGAUAUGCUUAAACAAAUAAAGAGAAAAAUAAGACUGAAAAUGAAGCAGUCUGGUUAAGAUUUCUUUUAAAAUAUAGGCUUUUCACCAUUUUCUGUUGAUGAAUAAAAUUGAGGCGGUGAUGAGCUUGGCCAAACAAGGAGCUUCAACUUUAUUAUUGCUUUAACCAGAAUAGACUGCCUGCAAUUCUCUGAAGAAGAAUAUAAUUGUUGCAGGGAUAUUGUUCCACAAGGGGACAGAAGGAGGAAGAUCCCUAAAGGUUACUAAAUCUGCCUCUUUUGUGUCUGACUUUGAUGCAUGACUUUCCUUUUCUCCUCUCUCUCAAUCUCCUAUCCUUUUCCUUGGGAACUUCAGUAUUUGUGUUGGAACUGUCUGUGACUUCUCCUGCCUGAAUGCCAGUCUCUUUGCGGCGUCUUUCCAGCACCUGCAAGUUCUCUCCUUGGUUUUUACAGCAACCUUCUCCAACCUACCUCUUUCCGUAUGUUUUGUGUCGGGAUGAUGUAGUCCAGCAACAUUUGAGGACGUAAAGUUAGGGGAGAGUACACACUCUGGCCAUCUCUCAUGUGACCACCUUCCCCUUUCUAUUCUCAAACCUGACCAUAUUUGACCAUGGUGUGGAAAGGAAAGGGAAAAGCAAGUCCUCUCCUACAAAUCCAAAAUAUCAGUACAAGGCUUCUAUUGCAGGCUAGCUGGAGCCUUGAACAUGAGUGACAACUCCUGCCAGGGGCUAGGAUGCACUUUUGAUUAAAGUUUCCCCUGUGUCUAGUAGGUAUUAAGAGUAAUAUAAGUAAAAUGUGGCUACAAUGCAGGAAAACUUGUUACAGUCAAAUCUCGGUUCUUGAACGGCUACGUUUUCGAAUGUUUUGGCUCCCGAACAACAAAAAAACGGAAGUGAAUGCUCUGGUUUUCGAAUGUUUUCCGGAACCUGAACAUCCGACAUAGCUUCCGUUUUGAGUUUCCCUAUUGAAUUGAGGCUUCCGCUUUCAGUUUUUGAAUGUUUUGGAAGUCGAACGGUCUUCCGGAACAGAUUACAUUCGAAAACUGAGGUUCCACUGUACUGAAAAUUAGAAUAGAGCAAGUGGCAGUUGACCAGAACCUGCGGACAAGUAAACCAAAAUCAGAUUAUAAUAUCCUUGCUUAAUUAAGCAAUUCCAGCCACAUAGGUCUUAAACAGGGAUACGCCUGCAUUUCCUGGUAGGACUGGCAGAGACCAGUGUUAGAAAUCUUGGAGAGCCAUUGCCAAUCAGUGUCAGCAAUCAUCUGAUUCAGUAUAAGGCAGCAGUCUAUGUUCCUGAGUGAAAGUCUCAUGCCUGCCUUCUGUGCUCAUUAGUGAACAUAUAGCAGUGUAUAUUUUGCUAAGGAUGCUGUGAAAGGUUAAGAAUCUUGUCUCUCUUCAGCAGUUGAAAGCAGAAGAGGAAGAGCUGUAAGAGAGACUCCUGGAACUACAACUGUGCUGUGGUUUCAGAGUAAAAGCACUUAAUAGUUUUUUCAGGUUGGUGUUUGAAAAGCUUGACACUCCCAACAGGGUGUAUUUAUGCAAAACAUGGUUACAUUGCGAGGUGUGCAAAAUUCCAGUGGGUAGGUUAAUUCAUUUUGUAAGGAUUUACUAAAUACCUUCCCAGAAUUUUUUUUGAUGACAGCUGCUUUGAUUAGUUUCACAAAGUAUGUGUGGCAGUCUUCAUGACAGUAAUACUUAUACACAUGUUAAUAAGUAGGGAGCAAGUUCCAUGUGAGUGCAGUAAGGCUUCCUUUUGCUUGAGUAGAAAGUCAACAAAAAUAUUUACUCUAGCUUUCCUUUUUUGAAUAUAGGAUGCGUUCAGUAUAGGAUGACAGAAUCAUAGUGAUGGGUGAACUGCCUUCUUUUCUAUGUGGAAACAGGUAAUAGAAUUGGAAGGGACCUGAGGCUCAUCCAGUCUUACGCCCUGCAAUGCAGGAAUAUACAGCUGUCCUUUUAUGGGGAUCAAACCUGCAACCUUGGUAUUAUCAGCACCAUGCUCUUACCAACUGGAAAAGAGCCACUUUAGGUGCAUUUCUACAGUUCUGUUUGUAUAUCUCAAAUGUAAGGCUCCAAGUACAAUCAAUUGAUAUUGCACCCAAUUGUUAUGCACUUGGCACAUUCACUGCUGAAUUUAAUUAUUUUAAAAACAUUGUUAAUUCUUUUUAAACCACUUUUUAUUGAUGAUGUCAAAUAUUUAUUGUAAACUGCUUAGAGAUUUUUCUUACAUUCAAGCGAUAUAUAUAUAUAUCAAGCGAAAUAUAUAUAUAUAUAUAUAUAUAUAUAUAUAUAUAUUAAAGAUAUAUUUUGAAGCAUGUAAUUAUGAGUUUGGGUAACAUUGCCACAGAAUACUAUUUUUAUUCUGUGAAAGUUUUAUGGAACAAGACAAAAGCAGUCUUAUUUUAAAGAUACAGUACAUUUUCCCAAUCUUCUUAGUUCUACACAACUUUGGGUACACAGACUAGUUGCCUCUCCUGCCCCCAAUUUUGUAUCCCAGAGGUUCCCAAACUGUGAUGCAUAGACCAGAAGUGGUCCAUGAACUUCAUACAGGUGGUCCACAGCCCUGUCUUGCUUCGACUAUUCAUAUUGAUUUUUAAUUGUAUCUUUGUUGCUCCUUUUAUUUCUUAAAUAGCAUUAUAUGGAAUGCUAAUUGUAGCAGACUAAAAAAAUAUAAGAAAAAUAAAGCAAUAAAAAAAUACAAUUAAAACCAUACAGCUUCUGUAGGGCAUUACAAUUACUGCAAUAGGCAGAAAAAUCAUUAAGGGGUCUGCCAAGACCAUCAGCAAUUUUCAAGUAGGCGUUGCGGGGGGGACUUUGGGAAGCACAGUUGUAUAUGAAUUUCACUUUCUCUUGAGUCCGUGUAAAUUGAAUAAUUUCCCCUUUACUGAUUUGGAGUGUGCUUUCAGGCCAAGUUCAGUUUAUGGGGUGAAUUUUAUCCCAAGUGUAAAUUUAGCUGUUUUAUUGUGUAAAUAUCAAAGCCACUGAUGUUGCACAAGGGCAGAUAUGGACCAAUAAUUUUACUGACGUUAACAAAACCAUGAGCAAAGCAAAACAGAUUUAUUCCUUUGUGGCAUAAUUAUCCAGUUUAUGUUGCUUCCUUCUUUUUAAAUACAAGGAGUCUCCCAACACAUGCAAUUAAUGAGAUUUCAUGAGGAUACAAUUGGACUGCUGUGCCUGCCAAAUGUUUUUUCUUCUUCUGAAGGAGUUAAUGCAUUCUUUUUUUAGGAUUGGAAAAUAAUUGUUUUUUAAAUAUUAACUCUUUUGAGUAGACAUGUGCAGGAUUGCACUCUCAGGUGUCACUUUACUGUGAGAGGAAUACAUCAUGCAGUAUGUUUCAUUUAAUCAAUGAGCUCUGUAAAAUAGGUAUUCAUUAUUCUAAUCUGAUGGCUGCAAAAAGACUCAGAGGGGCACUGAUAUCAGUGUGUAGACAAUGAUAAACAAAGUUCAAAGCUUCAAAUAUAGUGAAAAUGGCCUCUCACUGUUUCGACACGGGAGCACCUGAGGCAAUUUUCCUGAAACAUAAAUUCAAUUAAAAACUAGGAAAAUGUAAGGAAAUAUUAAGCAAAUAUUCACCUAUUCACCUCUUGAUUGCCAUCAUGUCCCCUGUUCAGAAUUGAAGCACACCAUGAUGGUCACCAUUUAUGACCCCAUCUUGGACCAGUCUAGAACCAGUCUUGAAUGCAUGAGAAGAGCAUAUUGCCAAACAUUGCUGCACUCUUUUGGGCUAAUGCCACCCAUGCAUUAAAUGCAAAGAAGUUAGUUUGGCACCUCCAUCAAUACAGGGUCCACUUGGGCACUCUUUAACUGACAGGCUUUAUCUCCUUAAAAGGUGGGGAGCAUUCACAUGACAAAGGCCCAUCUGGUUGAACCAUCUUAUACGACCCUCCCCUUGUUCCAUUAGAGUUGUUUUGACAAACCAGAAUACACUCACUACGUAUAUAAGUUGGGCACCUGUUAUAAACAAAAAGAAAAUGUGUGAAGAACAUGAAGUAAAAAAGAAAAACCCCACAGAGUUCCACAUUCAGUGUUAUAUUUAGAGUAGACCAACUGAAAUUAAUGGGUCCGUAUAGUUAAAGCUAUGGUUUUCCCAGUAGUGAUGUAUGGAAGUGAGAGCUGGACCCUAAAGAAGGCUGGUCGCCGAAGAAUUGAUGCUUUUGAAUUAUGGUGCUGGAGGAGACUCUUGAGAGUCCCAUGGACUGCAAGAAGAUCAAACGUAUCCAUUCUGAAGCAAAUCAGCCCUGAGUGCUCACUGGAAGGACAGAUCCUGAAGCUGAGGCUCCAAUACUUUGGCCACUUCAUGAGAAGAGAAGACUCCCUGGAAAAGACCCUGAUGUUGGGAAAGAUGGAGGGAACAAGGAGAAGGGGAUGGCAGAGGACGAGAUGGUUGGACAGUGUUCUCGAAGCUACCAGCAUGAGUUUGACCAAACUGUGGGAGGCAGUGGAAGACAGGAGUGUCUGGCGUGCUCUGGUCCAUGGGGUCACGAAGAGUUGGACAUGACUAAACAACCACCACCACCACCACCUUAUGGCUUAGCCUGGAUAUCACCCUCAUUGAUUUGCAACUUUCUAAAUUAAAAUUCACACUUGCACAGAGUCAGUGCCUACUCUGUUGCAAUAUACCAUUUAACUGCUGCAGUCUUCUUUCCAGUACAGUGGUACCUCGGUCUAAGAACAGUCCUGUUUAAGAAUGAUUCGGUUUAUGAACUCUGCAAAACCGGAAGUAGUGUCCCAGUUUGCAAACUUUACCUCGGUCUAAGAACGGAAUCCAAACGGUGGAAGGGCACCAGCGGUGGGAGGCCUCAUUAAGGAAAGCAUGCCUCAGUUUAAGAACGGUUUCGGUUUAAGCACGGACUUACGGAAUGGAUUAAGUUUGUAAACCGAGGUACCACUGUAUUUCUUUUUAGGAAGUGUCAGGAGUCUAUUUUGUUCGGAUACAAUCGACUUGCCUGCUGCAAAGUGCUGGAGGAAAGAGAAGCCUUUUUCUAAAAAUGCUUCCUUCUUUGACACCUCUUAUCUUGUUGGCCACUGGAAGAUCCUCCAUCCACACUGGCCCAAUUAAGUCCCUGAACCAUGGUUUAGCAUUACAUGAAUGACCAAGUAUGAGCUGGAAAGGACAAACUGUGGCUAGCUCAGGCUAUGGUUUGAACAAGGUAGAAUUGUAACAAGCUAGGAGUAUAAACCAUGCUUUAAACAGUAAUUUAACCCACAGCUUGCCCUUCUUGUUAACUGAGAUAAUGAAAAAUGAGAUGCAGACACUUCUCAACUUCUCUUCGGGUGAGGCGUGGAGCACAUCAGCCCAAGACUCCUAUCACACAGUACUAAACUAUGGUUAAGUGAUAGGCUGAAAAUGUGUCAUUAUGUUGGUCUCCCAAUAUUUUUUAAAAAGAAUGAUGUUUAGCUGUGCUGAAGCAUAUUAGAAUUGUAUCAUACGGGUGGCUCCCUGGGUUGGUCAGUCAAUAUGCUUCCCAUGUUAGAACAUCAGCAGAAUUUCUCUAUCAGACUUGUCUAACUCAGUGCCAGGUCUCUUGAGCAUUGUAAGGGUUAGAAAGGAUGUGUCUUAGGAGCUGUUAAGAUUAGAACUAGGGGCUUUUGGCUUUUGCGCAUCUCCCCUGUGUGGUGGUCUAUUUGAACUUGGGAGUGUGUUCCUAGCACGACUUCUGCCUACUCAAGCUGGCAUUGUUGUGUCCUUGACAGGAAGGGCUAUGUAAAAUUGGCUUGUUGGCCUGGGAUCUUGCCUUAGCACCUCCUGGUUCUGAUGGAUUUCUGUGUGUUCCUUGGCUCUUGGCUCACUUCUAAUAAUUGUGCAUUGCUCAUAGUAUUUUUACAGAAUUAGAGGGCAUGUUAUUUUAUUUUUUAAUCAUUCUGGAUGUAGAAAGGCAAAUCUGCAUGACUGCUCUGACUUGAGAAAACGUUAGGAAUGGUAAAAAAAAAAUCAUUGGCAAAACCAGGAACAAACUCAAAGGUUUCUGCUGCCUGUCUUCUGGAAAGAGAUUAGCCUUUCUUAGAGCAUCAAGAUUUCUUAGAGCAUAAGCAUCAUUUGAAAGAUCACAGAUCUAAAGAUGUGGCUAUGGAUAUGUAACUCUGAUGUAGAGAUAUCAGUAACUGAAUGAAAGAAAAGGAUUUGACCUGAAAUAACAUGAAAGAGUAGUUCUCACUUUCAGCUCUGCUGAUGUCAAAGCAAAGUAGCUCUGUCUUCCUCAUAUUUUCUCCAGGGAUCCGAAUUUUCAUCCUAAACUUCUAAAUUACUCCAGCAGCUGUUUGGAAAUUGUUUUCUAUUCUAGCUGUCAGUCAUUCCUGUACUCAUCUUGAUUAUAUUCUGUUCAGGCAUCUGAGAAUACUGCAUAAUCUUUCUUGAUGGUACCCAGAGAAAACAAUGUGAGCAGGGGUGUAUUUGGUAGUCUGACGGGUACUCUGACGGGCAUUUUGGCUAGAGACACCAAUCUGGCUAAAGACACGCAUCAUGCAGGAAUUACUUUUAUUUUCAUGCUACUUCCAAGCGACAAAACUCUUUUGGGGGGAUAUGCACAGUAUGUUCAUCUCCCAGGGCACAUCUCCAUCCCUCAUUAGCAUUAAAAAUGUUAGUCUUCCAUGAGCCGAAAGGAAAAUGCCUCUCAGCCACAGAAAACGCACUUGCUCCACAAUGGAGUUCUCUGUAUGAUUCAGUCCUUUUUACAAAGGAGUGGAAUUCCAAAUAACUGAGCUCAAGGGAAGUGAAAUUUGCUAGGACAAAGGCUGCUAUUUGUGGAUUGUUUAACUCAUGUUUAUAAAGUCCCUCUCAUAGUAACUGACCCACGGCUGAUAUUUUGUUGCAACAGUAGAGAAACCUUAGGUGCUCCCGAUGGCUGCAAAAGUUCUUCGGAUAUGGUCUGAUUUUACUUUUAUUAUUUUAUGGCACUGGAAUGAGUAGUUAUGAGGCAGAACCUCUAUUUUGCACAGCUGCCUCUCCUUUAUGGGGCUUCUAGUUGUGUCCCAUUUUUCUAUAAUGCAUUUUUUCUUUUGCUGCUUGACCUUUGAGAAUAAGUAUUUCUCAUUUUGCAGAAAUCCAAAUGCUGCAAUCAGAAUAAAGCACACAAAUCCCAAACAGCUUGUGGCAAAAUGCAUGUAUUAUUAAUUGAAGGUGCAAAAGGAAGUCUGUUUUCAAGAGAUGACAGAACUCCUGCCUUCUCAAACUAUUCUUCCAUCUAAUUGAAUCAACUUUAUCUUGUAAGUUGGACAAACUUGGAUCGCUUUAGGAAAGGAAAUGAAAAAGCUUGGGCUCCAGGGAGGAGGGCUUCUUGUAACUCUUGAUUUAGUGUUACAGUGCAUUUAAACUCUAUUGCAGAUUAAUCUAACCAAUAGAAUCUGAAGCCAGGCAACUGUCCCUGCAGAAUUCUGGCUUGGAGUCCUGAAAGGUAAACCUAUCAAGAGCACAAAAUGUAGGUCCAGUGCUGCAAAUCCUCAGUCUUGUCUAAAUAGUCCCACUGAAAUUGUCACAGGAUUCCUCACACUUCAAACCUUCUUGGCUUUCAUUUUCUUUCUCCUCCACAACUUUGUGUGUGAAAUAUCAUUCUUCCUCCUCCCCCCCUUCCUUUGAAAAGCAAGCUUUAGCUUUGCUCAGCAUAAAGUAAGGGCCCUCCUUGAUGGUUAUCCAAAUACACUAAUAUCUUUAUUGAGAGGGAUUUGUUUUGCCUGUCAAGUUCAGUUUAUUAUUAUUACUAUCUCUGACUUACGAGUUGACAUCUUGGGGAAAACAUGGUGCAAAGCAGAGUUUCUAAAACUUCCGGCAGCUGAGCUACACUCUCCCACCCUGGAGUUAAAAUCGGUCUUUGUAUGAAGCAUCUAAGUCACAUUGUGUGUGUGUGUGUGUGUGUGUGUGUGUGUGUGUGUGUUAGUUAUAAGGGAGGCAUAGGUGCCUCCUGUUCUACCAGUCUUGGUAAGCCUAUAAACUGGGAUUUUGGUUCUUUGUCUUAGUGCCUCAUCUCUUAUGAGCAUAAUAAUUAUUUUGCUCACCGUGUAGCACCAUGGAUAGCCUUAGUCCUCUUUGAAGACAUAAUGCAUGUGUCUUCCCCCAUCCCCUUAUUGUUCAAAGCAGGCAGUGAAUGACUAAAGCUGCUCCACAGUUAUGUAUUUCCACUUAAAUAUACAGAACUGCUGGGGCCUGGAUAGAUCUGAUAUUUGGUCUCAUGGUAGCUUAGUGGAAGAGUAACUGGUUUGUAUGCAAUGGUCCUUGGUUCAGCCCCUGGCAUCUCCAAGUAGGUCUGGGAGAGAAGUCUGUCUGAAAGCUUGGAGAGGUGCUGCCAGUCAGUGUAGUAGACAAUGCUGAGUGUUCUGCCUUGGUAUAAGGCAGAUUCUUACGUUGCCUGGUAUUUCUACAGGAUGUUUCAUACAUUAUAUGGCUGCCAAUAUGAAUCUGACUACCAGUAUACACUCAACAGAAAGUUGUAGCCAGUCCUGAUUCCUUAAUGAGUGCAACUACACAAGAUGUUUUUGUGCUUGCUCUUUUUGAAUCCACACUUUAAUGUUACUAAAUGUACAACAUGAGAUAUGAUGCUUGAAGUGACUCAUUUUCUUUUGAAUCCUAUUGUUUUCAUGCAAGCACAAGGAGAGCAAUUUGCCAUGUAGGUUAUUUUGUAUUGACCCCUAUUCUCACUUUCAGAACUACCUUGAAGUAUUUUUUUUUAAGAAAAACAGCCUAACAAACAUUCAUCCCUAGUAAUGAAUUACCAUAUGGAUACAUCUUGUAAAGAGAUUAUCUUCAUUCAUUUCUUCUUAUAAAGUUCUCAGAAGGGAAAGCAUCGUCCCAAUGCACAGAAGCAAUUUUUCUUUUCAAUGGAUCCUGUGACUCAAAUCUAAAAACCUCUGCUCUCUGAGGAAUGCUUUCCAAAUGUUUACUUACUUCUUGAUUCCUGAUAGACAGUUUUUGUUUUCAAAAAAAAUCAGGUGAGCUGCUGCUUUUGAAAGUUAUACUGCUUUAUAUUGUUUGAAAGAUGGGUAGCACUGAUUAACCUAACAGCCUGCAUUUUCUCUGCAGGAUUAAUAUUGUUUCACCUUUUCUUCUUCAGAUUUUCAGCCCUACCAAUAGGCAAAGUAAGGCAGCUACAUGAGGUGGCAAUAUGCUGGGUAGGCAUGUGCUGGGGUAGGGAGUGGUGGGUCAUUCCACGUCAUGUCAACAUGGUCAUGUCACCCACCGUCUCAGAUUUUGAUGAAAUUUAGUAUACACCCUUCCCCUAUGGUUGAAAGAAACCCUCUUAAAUUCUUCCCCUCUGUCUCAAAUGGUUUUAAUUUUAUAGCACUCCAAAGUUUCGUGAAAUCUGUAUUGCCUGUCCCUCUUAAGACCCUUGGCACAUGUACAUUUUAUUUUAUUUUCUCCAUAACCGAGUAAGAGAUCUCUUUGAAAUUUUACACAGAGCUCAAUAAGAGGAUGAGGAUUUCAGGAAAAAAUACACCAGCACUCAAAAGAUUUUAUAAAUGCCUAUUUUGUUUUUAUAAAUGUACUUUUUGGGUGGAAAACAUAGGUUUAGAAAACCUCAAUUUUCAGCGUGUGGGUAUGAUGGAAUCCAAAGUUUUUGAUGUUGAUAAUUAUUGCAAAGACAUGCUCUUUCUCGACAAAGAAUGAAAUUUAUGGGUUUUUUAUUCCUUGUAAUGAAAAUGUUACGUUUUUUGGACAUUGGAGGGGGGGAAUGGCUACUCGGUACAACUUUCCUACAAUCCAUAGGUGUAAUAAAAAAAAUCAAUGAAACGAAGUUGUUCAUCAUAAAAAUUAGCAUAAUAUUGGUUAUUGUAAGUUUUUUCCAAAACACCUUUCCCUUCACAGUAAGACAUAAUAUCUAAGUGGGUAGAAUGGAGCGUGUUCCUGCCCCCCUUUAAAAGAAAGCAAACGUGUUGGCUGUGAAAUGAUUCAAGGACUGGGGGUUUUAGGCAAGACUGCUGGCAAGAUGGAACCAUGACCACCAAGCACCUUGGCACCUGACAUUCUACAUUCUAAAAUGUGCCCUGGCUGAGCUUUUUGAGUAGAUUAGCCAGCUAGCUGACUGGUUGCUAGUUUCUCCCAGGAGGAGUAGGGCAACCAGGUUAUUGGAAUUAUAGUGAAUGCCUAUGGAAGGUAUUGAUUUGGAAAGAUGAAGGUUGUCCCUUUUAGGACAGGAAAAAGGGUCUUAGGAUGAUAUUUGUAGCGAAUGGGUCUGAUGGAGGAGCAAGCCCUCUCCCCAUUUCAGCUCUGCCCUAGGCACAAAUAAAAGUACCUGGUUUAUGAGCGUGAGGUAAAAUAAAUCUUACCAAAAACUUAACUAGUGACUGGGGUGAGUUUUCUGAUCAGGCACAGCAUUUAUUGUCUUCUGUGAUGUUUUUAUUGUGCCCUUGCUUCUAAUUGGAUGUGGGGGGAUUGGUUUUUACACAGCAUCCUCUUGCAUAACUUGGCUACAUGCCGCAUAGCCUCCCUUGUGAAACUGUGUUCCUCAAAAAUGGCCAAAAAAAUCUUAUCAGUUGUGUUUCACAUUAAUAGAAGAAUUGUUUUGGUUGUGUGAUUCCUUUUCAUCGCUCUUUUGCACAGAUUAGCCAUGUUUAGUAGUAUGAAAUUGUCACUUAAUCAGUUCAUCAGGGAGUUCUCUACUGCAGAAGUGACAGAAUCAACGUGGAACUGUUUGACAGGGGGAAGGUUCCUAAUGAGAGAAGAAGGUGGGGGGUAAAGGAGUUCUCUGACACUUAUAUUUUGAAAUAUAACUAAGCGUGAUUUAUCUCCCUUUGCCAGUGUCUGCUACCAAUGUUCAAUUUACAUUAAUAGCUGUGGAAAUGACAGUUUUUACUGUCGUAUGCAUUGGCUUGUUAUUACGGCUAUGCCUGAUUUGACAGGACAAUUUUUCUAUUAUUGUUAUUACUCAUAAUACACACACACACACACACACACACACACACAUUUUACACAUCAACUGCCUCAUCUGAUCACCUUUGGCAUGUCAGACUAGUUAAUUUACGCAUAAUCAUAUUUUGGGUUUUAAUUCUCACAACAUCAAACACCCACAAGGAGAAACAAAUUAACAUUUAACCAAGGAUGCAUUUAAGAAAAGGCAAAGCAAGAGAGAGAAAGAGAGAGAGAGAAAUUAUCAUUUUAGAACUGGGUGUCUGCUUGCAUUCCUAUUUUUCUGGAUGAGUUAUUUAUUUAUUUCAGAGCUGCUGGCAGAUUGUAUUUGCUCUCCAAAUAGGUUUGCCUCAGUGGUAUUUUUAUUGUUCCCGUAAUUGAGUGUGCUGAAGAAAAGGGCUCUCCCCAAGUUUACCACAUCCGUUCUAGCCAAGUAUAACAUGAGUGUGAUUUAUGGGAAGACAACAACCUUGGAUCUCAUUCAAUCACAUCAUCAGUUUUAAGCUGGCUGCCUAAUAAGUAGCAGGCUUUCUCUCUCCCUCCCCUUCACCCCCCUGGCCCCCUUAUAUGACUUUGUCUCCAGAUGGUUUGGCGUGUUACCCAGCACGACGACAAUAUUUUUUCCAUUUCUCAUCACUUUUGUUGCAAAAGCGUCUUUCUUGCUUUGUGUAAAAGUGUUACAUAGAAAGGGGUUUGGGGAGCCAAGACCUGUCUUUGGGCUUUCACUGGUAUCUAAGGAACCGUCUCAGAUACGCGGGCUAGAAAGCAAGGCCUUGUGUCAACUUAUGUUUUAUGCAAAGAUGCCCAUCCAAUUCAUGAAAAGUGCCGUAGAGUUCAUAAGGAAGGUGACUUAGCUCCCAGUGUAAAAUGGAACAUUACUGCUUUGGUGGGGAGGGGGAGGGGAAAUAACACCGAGUUAUUUGCAUAUUUAUUUAUCUUUGUGAUUUUUCUCCCACCGCAUAGCUUCAAAGAGGUGACAAAAAAGCCAUAAAAGGAAAUUCAAAAGAUCAAAUAACAUAUACAACUCAUUAGAAAAGCGUCUAUAACAAUUGAUGGCACAAAAGCAGCAAAACAGGUCCAAUAAUGUUUUGGUGGUGCUUGAGAAAAAUCAAUAGGUUUUCCAGAUGCUUGCCAGGAUUUGCUGGUUGUUACCAGUUGCUUAAAUAUUAAUACAACAUGGCCUAUGAAGCCUUUCUGGUUGAAGGCACACGUCAGAAAGUUUUUCCUGAUGUUUGGUCGGAAUCUCCUUUCUUGUAACUUGAAGCCAUUGAUUUGGGUCCUAGUCUCCGGAACAGGAGAAAAGAAGCUUGCUCAGCCCUUCAUGUGACAGACCUUUAGGAUAUCUCCUCUUUUCCAAGUUAAACAUACUCAAUUCCUUCGAGCAUUCCUCAUAAGGCUUGGUUUCCAGACGCUUGGUCGUCUUGGUUGCCCUCGUCUGCACACAUUCCAGCUUGUCAAUAUCAUCCUUAAAUUGUGGCGUCUAGAACUGGACACAGGACUCAGGUGUGGUGUCACCAAGGCAAAAUAGAGUGGUACUAUUCCUUCCCUUGAUCUGGACUCUACACUUCUGUUGAUGUAGCCUAAAAUAUCAUUAGCUUUUUUGCAGCUUCAUACACUGGCUGAUGUUAAACUUGUGGUCUACUAAGACCCCUGGAUCUUUUUCACAUAUACUACUGGCAAGCCAGGUCCCCCCCGCCCCAUCUUAUAUUUGUGCACCUGGUUAUUCUUGCCUAGAUGCAGAACUUUACAUUAGUCCUUAUAUGAUUUUGGGAGUUAGGGCCCAGUUCUCCAAUCUGUUAAAGUCAUCUUGAAUCACGAUUCUGUCUUUGAUGACAUUGCCCACCCUUCCCCGUUGGGUAUCAUCUGCAAAUUUGAAGAGCAUCCCCUCAAUACCUUCAUCUAAGUCAUUGAUAAAGAUGUUGAACAACUGCUGGCCCAGGUCAGAACUCUGUGGUCCCCCAUGUGUCACUUUUUCCAGAAUGAUGAGGAACUGUUAGUAAGCAUUCUCACUGGUUCUCACUGGCAUUCUCAGCUGGUUCAGUCAACCAUCUACAAAUCCACCUAAGUGACCUUGUCCAGCCCACAUUUUAUUAGCUUCUCUGCAAGAAUAUAUUGGGGGACUGUUGAUUUAAAGCAGAGUCUUGUGCCCAGCGGAAGGAUGAGGAAUACGUUCUACAUACUCUAUAUUGCUUUAUUUACAGUUCAAAGCUGGUAUAUUACAGAAAGACAUCUUGCCUCUGCAGGAGCAGAAAAUGCAUCCUCUCUCCUCGACAGCUCGGAGAGAAUCACACAGUGAAAAACAGGAAACCAGUGUACGUCACAUCCAGUCUCCCUUUCCCGUGAGAAACUCCAACAGUACAGACUGUGGAAUGUAAACACCUGUCUCGUGACAAGCAAAGCUGCACAGUGAAGGAAAGCAGAAACUAACAUCCUCCCCCUUUCUGUGAACAUCACUGGGCAGCGUGUUUGCACAAUAUCAGUACAAACCCAACUUUUGCACAUAGGUACAGUGUUGAUCCCUUGAUACAAUCUUGGACAAUACAUCAGCAGGAAUUUCAUUACCUGGCAUAUAGGACACCGUUACGAGUCCCUUCUGAAUACAUUCCCUAGCACGCUGCAACUUUAAUUGCAAGUGCUUUGUGCUUUGCUUACAACCUUCAGACUUCAGCAAAGCCAAACAUGCUUUGUUGUCCUGGUAAACCUGGAUUGGACAUUUGACAGGAAUUUUCAUAUCUUUGCACAAUUGUACUAACCAUUCACAAUCCUUAAGUGAAUAAGACAGUGCAUUCAGUUCGGCUUCACAAGUACUUAAGCUAACUGUUGUUUGCUUCUUGCAUGACCAAUCAAACAGACUCUGAUUGUACAUGUAGCAAACUCCAGACGUACUUUUCCUGUCUGUAGCGUCACUUCCAAAACUUGCAUCUGCAAAUAUCUCAAGACCACCAGACUUCUGAUUGUUAAAUCUCAGUCUGUAAUGCAUAGUGCCUUUCAAAUACCGCGCUAUGCGUUUCAGAGCUUUCCAAUCCUUGACACUAGGAUUGUUGACUUGUCUGCUUAGCAAAUUACAGCUAACAGCAAUGUCUGGUCUUGAACAUCUGGCAAUGAAGUUUAGCUUGCCUAGCACACUCCUGUACAGUGUAGUGUCAGAAAAUGCUUCUUCAGUGUCAUCUACCUGAUAACCUGUUGUCAUCGGUGUGUCUACAGGGUUAGCAUUCAUCAGAUUUAGUUUGCUUAACACAUCAGCAAUUUUCCGUGACUGGUGUACUAGAAUGUUACCAUCUUGAUCUCUCUCUAUUUCCAGAGAUAGGUAGUUGUUUACCUCACCAAGAUCUUUCAUGUCAAAGUGCUCUUUCAGUUGAGCUAGGGCGUUAUUGUACAUUGCAACAUCUUUCCAAAAGAAUAAUAAAUCAUCAACAUAAAACAAACAGUACAGUUUCUUUUGCCCCUCCUCUUUGACAAAUACACAUGGAUCAGCUUUCCCUUGCUGAAAACCUAGAGAAAACAAUACUUCAGUGAGUUUUGUGUGCCAACACCGUGCACUUUGUUUGAGACCAUAAAGGGAUUUCUUCAGAGCACAAACAAAUCCCUGUUUUACCUGUACGCCAUCAGGUGGAAGCAUAUAAAGUGAUUCAUCUAGAGAUCCGUACAGAAAAGCUGUAUUAAUAUCAUGGUGACUAAUGUGUAGAUUUUCCUCUGCAGCUAGCUUGAGCAUAAGCCUAAUGCUUUCAUAUCUCACUGUGGGUGAAUAGGUCUCGUGAUAGUCUUCACCUGGUACCUGUGCAAAACCUCUGGCUACCAAUCUGGCUUUGUGUCUGACUAUCUUGCCAUUUUGAUCUGUCUUCGCUUUGAAGACCCAUUUGCUCCAAGCAGUUUCAUUCCUGGAACUACUGGAACUAGCUCCCAUGUUUUGUUCCUUUCUAAGGAAUCAAGCUCAGCCUUCAUGGCAUUUAACCAUGGCUCAGCUUCCUUUGAAUCCAAACCCUGGAUUUCUUGGAAACUUGAAGGUUCAAAUACCUUCUUGGAGCUUUUAACAGCUGUUACUGCUAUCUUAGCAAACUCAUCAGCAAAUCUCUUUGGAGGUUUGCCUUUUGUGGCUCUCUGUGACCUACGAAUUAUCCUUAAGUCUUCAACACUCUCCUCUUCCUUCUUAGGAGAAAAACGACCUAUUGUGAACAAUGGUUCCUCCAAUUCUUGAUCAGAGCUUUCAGAGGGUCGCAUAGAGGCUUUCGCACUCUCGAAAUCCUCUGAAUCACCCGAUUCAGUUUCAGAUUCAGACUCAGAACCUUCAUCAGUGGGUGUGGGUUGUUGUGGUUGCUUUGACUAUCCUCAGUCUCAUCACCGUCAUCAGGAUAACAUUGGAAAAUUCCACAUUCUCCCCCACUUUGCAUUGUACUCAACACUUCUCGUGAGCUUAAUUGUCUUAGAGUCAGUCAUCAUUAUUCUGUAAGACCCUUUCUGAUAACCUAGAAAGAUACCAUGCAAUCCACGCUUGUCUAACUUGGAGUUUUGUGGUGAGCGAACCCACAUGUCAGAACCAAAAAUCUUCAUGUGUUUGAUGUAUGGCUUCUUGCCAAACAUCUUCUCAUAGAGGUACAACCAAUCGCUGAAGAUAACCUGCGAUUGUAACUGUAAACAAAACACGAGAGAGAUUCGGCCCAAUAACUCUCUGGAAGAUUGGCAUCAUGCAGCAAGGUUUUUAACCCUUGAAGCAAAGUCUGAUUUGCCCGUUCCGCAAGUCCAUUCUGCCAUGGCGAGCGAGGACUAGACAAAUCGUGUUGAAUUCCUUUCUCAGUCAGAAAAGCUUCAAACUGCUGAGAAGUGAAUUCCCCCCCGCGAUCACUGAAAAGAGUCUUUAUCUUCUUACCAUGCACAUUUUCCAACCAAGCACAGAAUUCCUUGAACCUAGGAAAAGCCUCCGAUUUCUGCUUGAGAUUGUACACAAAAAUAUAUCUAGAAAAUGCAUCAAUGAGAACCAUGAAGUAUCUAUUUCCACCCAAAGAGGGCGCUAGUGGACCAACCAAAUCAGCAUGAACAACCUGGUAUGGUUCUGUAGCUUUCCUACUAGACACCUUACCUUUCGCAGCCAUUUUCACUUUGUUUGCUGCGCAUGCUUUGCACUUCAUGUGGUACCUGCAGGGUUUAAUAGUCAUACCUUCAACCAAGGCAGGCAUUUUAGAUACUGCCUCAAAAUGCAAAUGACCAAAUGUUCGAUGCACAGCGUGAAUACAUUCUGCAUGCAAACUUUUGUUAGAACCUGCAAUGCAACAAGUGUCAUCCUGCACCACAUCAUCAUAAUACAAAACAAACAAACGAUCAACAUAUUCUGCAUGCAAUACAUAAUCAUUUUUCUUUGUGAUGAUGCACUUCUUGUUCUUGAAGGAAACGUCAAUGUUCCGCUCAUUCAGCUGUCCAACGCUGAGCAGAUUAUGUUUGGCGUCUGGCACGUAAAGCACAUUCUGUAUCGAUAAGUCCAAACUGUGAAGAACAACAGUUCCGUAGCCUUUACUGGGAAUAGUGUGGUCAUCCGCCUGGUGAAUCGCACCUUCCUGCGGUGUAAAAGACACAAACAGUCUCUUAUCGUUGCACAUGUGGUGGGUGGCCGCUGAAUCAACAACGAAGAAAGAUCUAGACGUCUUCUGGACCUCUGCAACCUUUGGAGUGAAGCGUGAAACCAUAGCCUUGUGCUGCGUUGUCCUAGACACCGGACCUUUGCCUUUGCCUCGGCCUUUUCCGCGCGAUGAGCUUUCGCUGCGCUGCUCUGUCUUGGCCCUGGGAUGUCUGCAUUCCCUCUUCAUAUGGCCUAGACGUCCACACGAGUAGCAUUUCACUGCCUUCAAAGCUUUGGCGCCAUCUGGUGGUUCCACUGCACUAUGGGAUGACGUCUGUGAAGACUCCCCUUGCCCAUGCAGCUAGCACCCGGCGAUCUGCUUCAUUUAAAAUCACGGCAGUAACAAAGUCCACUGUCAGCAGAGCAGUUGGUUGCACAGCAAUCUGGGUUGCAACAGACUCCCAACCUGAACCCAAAGAUUGUAGUAUCAUGAAAGAAUACACAGCCUCUGGAAAGUUGAGUCCUCUCUGUUGCAGCUCAUGUCUCAGAUUUUGCAUCUCCAUUAGAUGUAAACGCACAUCUCCACCUUCAGCAAGAGCCAUAUUAUGCAGCUUGUUAAAGUAAAACAUAGUGGAUCCAGCUUCUGUCCUUAAGUGAGCCUCUCUCAGAGCGUCCCAAAUUUCUCUGGCUGAGGUCUUAUCACGCAAUAGACAGAGCUCUUCUGGGGAUACUAUCAAUGUAAGAGUUCCCCUUGCUUUGGAAUCCUUAGCUUCCCAUGCAUCUGUAACUGGAACUGGGGGGGUUCCUGUAAUCACCUCAAACAAACCCUCUUUCCGCAGAAUUGCCUCUGCAUACUGAACCCAGUCGCUGUAAUUUUUCUUGUUGAGCUUAGGAAUCCCACAAGCAUCCUGAAGGGCCAUCAUGACUCUGGCAUUAGCCUUCAGCGUCAUAUGCUGCUUUAAAUCUUGCUGCGUCACUGCUGCAGCUGCCUUAUUACAAAGGCACACUUAAAAGUUACUUUCGAUUUCCCCAGCAUAGUGACUUGUGCCUGGGAGCCUUUUGCCUAUUCCCGGCAAAACCGGCUUUAAAAGUUCAAAGUCCAGCCAUAAAGCCAUUAACUUGAAGCUGGCAGGCUGCCCGGAGCAGUAGCACAUACCUCAUCAAUCACCUCUACGCGCAGAGCAGAUUCCGUUCCGAUCUGUCCCUCUGCAUUCCGAUCCUUUGCCGGCACUCCGAUUCGACCUCUGGAGCCCAUAACCACGUGUUGAUUUAAAGCAGAGUCUUGUGCCCAGCGGAAGGAUGAGGAAUACGUGCUACAUACUCUAUAUUGCUUUAUUUACAGUUCAAAGCUGGUAUAUUACAGAAAGACAUCUUGCCUCUGCAGGAGCAGAAAAUGCAUCCUCUCUCCUCGACAGCUCGGAGAGAAUCACACAGUGAAAAACAGGAAACCAGUGUACGUCACAUCCAGUCUCCCUUUCCCGUGAGAAACUCCAACAGUACAGACUGUGGAAUGUAAACACCUGUCUCGUGACAAGCAAAGCUGCACAGUGAAGGAAAGCAGAAACUAACAUAUACUACUGGCAAGCCAGGUCCCCCCCGCCCCAUCUUAUAUUUGUGCACCUGGUUAUUCUUGCCUAGAUGCAGAACUUUACAUUAGUCCUUAUAUGAUUUUGGGAGUUAGGGCCCAGUUCUCCAAUCUGUUAAAGUCAUCUUGAAUCACGAUUCUGUCUUCGAUGACAUUGCCCACCCUUCCCCGUUGGGUAUCAUCUGCAAAUUUGAAGAGCAUCCCCUCAAUACCUUCAUCUAAGUCAUUGAUAAAGAUGUUGAACAACUGCUGGCCCAGGUCAGAACUCUGUGGUCCCCCAUGUGUCACUUUUUCCAGAAUGAUGAGGAACUGUUAGUAAGCAUUCUCACUGGUUCUCACUGGCAUUCUCAGCUGGUUCAGUCAACCAUCUACAAAUCCACCUAAGUGACCUUGUCCAGCCCACAUUUUACUAGCUUCUCUGCAAGAAUAUAUUGGGGGACAUGGUCAAAAGCCUUACUGAAAUCAAGAUACACUAUGUGCAAGGAUUCCAUUGAUCCACCAAGCUGGUAGCUCCAUGAAGAAAUGAAAUGAGAUUCAUCUUUGAAGCACCCAUGAGUGUAUGGCUGCAAAACAUACCCAUUAGAGAGUGUGCUCUAACUAGAGCUAUGUUGCCAAAAUAGCCAUGGUCUUUCUCUGCACAAGUGUUCUCUUUGAGAUGGACAUAAAAACCAGACAUAUAAAACCACUCUGAAUUGCGCUUUUUCUUGAAAGCAGUGCACUUUUUCCUGUUUCUGGGGCCUUAGUUUGCUUUAGGGGUGGGCAGAGAUCACGACUGAGAUUUUCGGAGCCAUAUGUUGCCAUAGUUUUUUUUACUUGUUUUUUGCUUGAAGCUUCUCCUUUUCUCUAACCAGAAAGCAAAAAGUCACCGAGCCAGAUGAUGUUCUUGCAUUCAGUGGCACUUCACGAUUAUUCAAUAUUCAAAUAGUAACAGUGAGAAGCUAUGCGUGGGGUAAGGGAUUAUUCUACUUUAGUAGGAGUGUUACAAUCUGUUACUUUGGAAAUAGUUCAUUGCUGUUCGCCUAAAUGUUGUGUCCCAAACCAAUUAAUGCUAAACCACUGAAUAAUUUCAGUGAAUUCAUCCCUUGUUUCUUUCUCAUCCUCUACUUAUCCUUUUCUUAUCUGGUAUGUCUUUUGAUGUUUCAAGCCAGAAACUGUCACAUUUAAGUAAAAUAAUUUACUUAGUUGGCAUAGUACUAGGAGAAGUAGGAGUAGGAUGUAUGACUGUUGGGGAAUUUCCAUAUUAUAAAUGUUUAAUAAUAAUACAUCAGAGUCUCAGUGUCUCUUGUCUGUCUGUCUUCUAUAGCUGUUAGUUUGUAGAGCUUUCAAAAGAAAAGACCCAGAACCAAUGGAAGACUCUGGUGCACAAGUGUGUUUCAACAGGGGCUUUCAGCACCUACCUUCAACACUUUGUAUAUCACCUGACACACUGAGCUACAUUUCUCAAAGGUGCUGCUUGGCUGUAAUCCAAGUAUUGCUGUUUGACUGAGCUAUUCAUGGGUCCAUGGGCCAAUUAAUUCCACCAGGCCUUAAUCAGAGGAGGAAAAUUUGUGGUCUCCAGAUGUUCUGGACUUCAUCUCUCAUCUAUCCCAGGCAAGGAUGGCAGGAGUUACACUUAUGUGAUAUCUGGAGGGCCACAAGUCAACAAUAUAUGAGGGUUACCUUGUAGCCUAUUUUAUGAGCAACUUCUCUUAAUUUGAGAUGUUCCUGCCAGAGUAAGCUUCUGCCCUCUUUCCAUACACAUUUGGAAUGUGACCUCAUGUUCAUCUUGGAUUCCUCUACCUGCUUCUUCUGGACUUCUUGAACUUCGAUCGUUGCUUUUGGAACUUUACUUUCUGCCUGCCUUGGAUUACGCUAUGUUCCUUUGGCUGCUUUGCCCUGGGCUAACCCGGUCCAGAGGAGGACCUUCAGUAAUCCCAGCUUUCCUGAAGACACCCUAGAAAAAUGCUGAAAGUGGGCAUGUUGUUGUUGGUUGCUGUUAGCAUCUGUGUGCCUCAAGAGACAAUGGACCUGCUGUGGAUCCAGAGUCUGGUAACUCAUACUGCUGCCUCCCACAUUGUUUUUGCUGAGUUAGCAACACCAAAGGGAGGUCUCUGGGGUGCAAACCUGGGGUGUGUAUAUGGAGGCCCUGGGCUGCUCAGAGGACAAGAUCUCCCUCUUGGCCUCGUUGAUAUGAUCCAAAGUAAAGCAGAGGAAUGCAUUUGGCAGCGGCUUGGCUGCAGGAGUUGCUGGAAGGAGGUGUAUGGUUUCAAAAUUAAAAGUAGGUUGUAUGUUGCAGACUCUGGUUGGAAGGUAGACAUUGACUCUGCAAAGACUGAAGGCUCCAGGAUUUAUUAAUGUCUUGUAUUCCACACAGGGCUAUGUUUGAAAACUGAUGUGAAGCUUAAACUGCUGCAGAAAUGAACAAGAAACAUUUUUUGGGAGAAAAAUGGUCCAUAAAAGUAAUGCUCAUUAACAGACACAUUUUUGCUGUCAAGCGUAAUUCAAGGUGAUUAAAGUUCAAAUUGCCUGUGUACAAAGUGGUCCUUCUCCCUGCUUUGGGGGAUCUGUGGAUGGAGGAGUUGCCCAAGAUACAUUUGCUAUCCUAAUUCUUCAAUUUUUGUUCUCAGGAAGCUUACAUACGCCCAUAUCUAGGUGCUACUAGACAUCAGCUAAGACAUUUUAUUUAAAUUGCCCUUUGGACAAUGAUGAAUCCUACUCUGUUUCAUCUGCUUUGUAUAUGAAUUAUUUUAACUGCAAGUUUGUUUUGUUCACAUUGUACAGUUCUAUUGAUGUGAGCACCUUGUGGUAGGUAAACUGCCUGAGACAUCAAGCACAAUUAUAGACUCACAGAAAAUUACAGCAGCUUCUCUGCACUUCAGGCUUGUAUCUAUAUCAAAGAGUCAGCAGAAUCAUGUGAUGCUUAAAGUGCAGGUGGAAAAUUUUACAUUCUAAAAGUUCCCCUGUGUAAAGAAAACCAAAACAAAACCUGUUCAUAGAAAAAUAGCACACUGGAGACCAGCCUAGGCUAGAACCUUUCUUUUCCUAAAGCAAGCUUUCUGUGGGCAGGGAAUUUUUGGUGUGGGGCAACAUUCAGAUGUACUAUCACACCCCAACCUGGAUUCUAAUACUCUGUUCUCCAAGUACAAUCUCAUUUGAAAAAUUGGAGGCCCUUGGUAAACUGAGCUGCAAUGCAGGCUGUGUUUGCUCCUUGAAUGGUCAUCAGAGAGUUUCACAUUUUUCUCAUAUUUGUUUAUUCCUUAAGAUUAUUUGCCAAGUGCUUUGAAUCACCGUUGAGAACGCGAUGAAAUUCUAAAUGAGCUGUGUUUGGUUGAGUUGGAUACAAUACAAAGGUCACAUAUGUUUCUGUUUCCUGUGUGGAGGAAGAUAACUCUCUAAGAAUGAGAUGUUGAGAAUGAAUGUGCAUGUUAACUAAUUUGUAUUUUUCUGCAGAACAAACCACGGCAUGUAACCACAGUUUGAUGUGUGCUAGAAACUUUCCAGCAAGUAACAUGUUGGCCAAAAGCUAGAACAGCAAGCUUCCAAAUGAAUUGAGCUUAUUUCUUACAGUCUGUUCUGCACAGUCCUUCAGAUAAGAAUCCCAGAACUCACAUUUUAUCUGGGCUGGGGGAGCCAGUGGCCCUCUAUAUGAUGUUGGCCUCUCAACUCCCUUUAGCCCCACCAACAAUGGCCAGAAAAUGGGGGUGGUUUGAGAUGUAACCUCCCCGUAACAUCUGGAAGGCCACAGGGUCCCCACCUUUGAUUUAUUUGUUCAAACAACAGUCUGCAGUGUGUGAUAUAAAGUCUCUUGCACCCUAGGAAAUUUAGUAUGUAGGGUUGUGGAUUUUAUAGUUCCAUACUGAAACACAGUGACCCAAGGUCUGCAAGAGUUCUUAUAGGCAGGGAUCAUUAUCUCAUGGUAACUAUCUCUGUUGAACCCUUAGAGAGGAGAAGGAAGAACAUAGACACAGUGAUAGAGGAAGUUCUACUGUAUUUUCCCUAGUCUGUGAAGUUGCCUAGUGUUGGAUGUGUCUGAAGUCAAAGCAAAAUUAAUGUAGGAUUGGAAAUGCGUGUCUGGAAAUACUUUACUGGAGAAAGGGAAACUUCCUAGAAACUCACAGAGUUUUAUUGUGUAUCUGUGAUUUAUAAAUUCCAAGACAUUCCUCCUGUUUACCAGGAACCUAGUAUUUUCCAAUACUUGUCUCUGGUACAAAAGAAAUUUGCCUUUGAGGUUUUUUUUGAGGGGGGGGUGUCUUAUUAAAAACAUGUUGUUGUGUGCAUUUUUUGCAGUAGAGUUGUCAUUUCCCCAAGUUCCAGCUUCAUCUGCUCUGAGAUUAAACUUGUGCGUCAAAGGUGGAGACAUCUUGGCUGUAGAUGGUUUGGCAUGCUUCAGCGCCAAGACACCAUGCGACACACCAUCAGGAAGAGACAGUUGAUUGAAGAAUGGCUAAGCUUUCAGAAUAGAAUUGUGUCUCUUUUUCCAUUUGCUAAAUGUUGGAGGAGAAUGACAUAACAUCCAUUACAUUUUUACUCUGUUCUGCUAUUUUUAGCAUUCUUUAUUUUCGUUGUGCUUUUCUUUUCUUGCAGGUUGCAACAGGAUUACAAGAGAGCACGGACCUCGAAAUGACAUGCUAGUGAUGCAAAGACAGUGA